GCGGACGGCAACCCACGAAGGGCUUAAAACGCCCCUCAGUCCCCGGGCCCGGUUUGCCAUGUAAAUAAGGCGAAGGGGUCGCUCCUGCCUUGCCUUCCUGUGAGGCCUGACCGGCCUUCAAAACUUGGGUUAGAAGCGGGAGCGCCAUGCCUCUUGAAGAGAUAAGGGGCUCCUUCAGGGUGUUUGAAAACUCUCUGCGGGGAAGCCUCCAAAAAGUUGGUUUCGAGCAUUUGCAGGUGGGCUGUGACUGCGCCAGCAAGUAUGUCCAGGUAAACUCAUUAUUAUUAUUAAUUAUUUUAUUUAUUUAUUUCCAAAUAUAUUUUAUUAAAUUUCAGCGGAUUCCACAUAGAAUUCCAAUAAUUAUGUUUCUAUGUGUGUGUGUGUAUAUAUAUAUAUAUAUAUAUAUAUAUGCAUAUGUAUGUAUAUUUAUGUAUCUCUCUGACUCUCUUUUUGUCUCGACAUAACGACUUCAGGUAAACUUUUUUAAAAAUUCCUAAAUAUAUUUUAUUAAAUUUCUACAGAUUCCACAUAGAAUUCCAAUACAUCUGUCUGUCUGUCUGUCUGUCUGUCUAUCUAUCUGUAUAAUAUAGACUUCACAUCCCAUUUCCCAUGUUUUUCUCCCCCUCCCCUUUGCUGCACCCUAUUUCCCUCUUUUAUAUCAUAACCAUAACACAAUAAUAACCAGGUUUUUUUUCUGUUGCUCAUAGUUCAAAUCCUGCUUGCAGAUUCUUCAUACUAUAAUAUCUCUUUAAAUAAUGUUCAGGUACCCCAGAAAAAAGGACUGGUUAUUAAUUUGAUAUAUAUACCGCCCUUCAUCAUAAGAUUUCAGGGCCGUUCACAGGAUAAAAUACAAGGUAAAAACACAUGUAACUAGUCAAAACAAAAAUAGCAAAACAAUACCCCCUGCCUUCCGCAGUACAUGACUGGGGCCUGGGAUCAUUUUCAUGGGUCACAAGUUGUGUAGCACUGCCAUGGCCUUUUCUUGCUAUUUUUAAAGGACGGUUGAGUUUAUAGCCAUGGGAAUAGCUUUAAUAGGCUUUAUGUUGCUGCAUAUUUCUAGGAGAGACUGAUGUUGUGCUCAGUUUUUGCUUGUGGGCUUCCUGUAGACAUCUGUUUCAUCACUGUGAGAACAGGAUGCUAGACUAGAUAGGCCUUCCAUCUGAUCCAGCAGUGUUAUUCUUAGGUUAUUUAUUUAAUAUUUUAUUGUUUCAUAAAACUUACACACCACUUUAUUGGUAAAAACAACAACAACCCUCAAAGCUGUUUAUCACUAGGUUAGUGCUGAGCAAGAUCUAGUGACAUUCUCAGCGACAGUUGCUUCAGAUUUUCUUUUAUGCAAUAGUUUUGCCUGCCUUCUUUCUGUAGCCAUCAGCUUCUUAUAUAUUUAAGUUAACUUGGGUUCCAUUAGUUGAACACUCUUGAGAGUUGCUCCACUGAUCUUUCCUGCCCUAAGGAUGUGAAGGCUCCCAUAUACAUGUGAACCUCUCCUGAUUUGUCGACGUUUUAAGCAGAAGCUUGUAAUUUUAAGUGCACUUCUCAAUCAGUUAAAAAUUGUAACAAGUUACAGUGAUACCUCGGUUUUCGAGCAUCUCGGAAGCCGAACGAUUUGGUACCCAAAUUCCGAAAACCCGGAAGUAAUUGCUUCCCUUUUUGAACACAUCUCGGAAGUCGAAUAGCUUCUGCUGUGUUUUUCUAUUUUUUCCAUUGACUCGGCCAGCCGCCCUUUGCUCCUCGGUUGUCGAACGCUUCGAAAGUCCAACAGUCUUCCAGAACUGAUUACAUUCGACAACCGAGGUACGUACCAUUGUACUUGUGAAUAUUUAUUUUAUUUAUUAAAUUUGUAUACUGCUCCCUGUCUAUUCUCACUUCCUUUUUGGAGACAUGGUAGCCCUACUCUUAUAGUCAGAUCCUGAACCAGCUUACUUGAAAGUAAGUCUUAACUGAGUGUUGCUAAAAUUUAAAAUAUCCUGUGCUUUGUCUUAUCCAUAUAGUCAUAGCAUGCUCUCUCUUCUUAGCAUUGCUUUUUUAUUACUGGAACCAUUAGUAAACUUGGAAGAAAAAUAUAGAUGGCUUGGGAGCUUUUCAUUUAAGGCAUAAACUUAAAAAAGUGUUGUGAUAAAAAAAUUUCCAGUCUGGUGACUUAAUGGAGUUCUUUUUUCUUAUAAAAGAAUCAAUGGAGUCUUCCAGAUUUAUGGACAUUUUUCAAAAAACUGGAGGAACUGCACCACAUUGUAACUUUUCUUUUUUACUUCCUCAACAUAAAAUCAGCACAGUUUGCAGCAAUAAUUUUCAGCUGUCUUGUAGCUGUUUCAGAACAAGGAAUCCGCAUUGUGUUGCUCCAUCUGUGGCUACAAAUGUGUUGUAAAUUCAAGUGCUUAGUGCUGGUGGUACAUUAGGCCUCUUGUAUAAACUUUACAGAGUAGAACACAUGAGACCAGUCUUCUUCAACAUGUUUGCUUUAAUUUGAUGAUGAUGAUGAAUUUAAUUUUAAAGCCUUUUAUCAUUACUGGCACUUGGGGAUGUAAGCUGAGAAUAGUACUGUUAAACUUGAAUUUUGUUUGCUGUGGAAAAAAGCUUUUCAGCGAGAACAUGCAAUUCGGUCAUCAUUACAGUUUCUUUGCUACUUUUAUCUCCAUGUACAGCAUAAAGCCAAAUAUUGUAUUUUUGCGUCACAGCAAACUGAGGAUUACAAAAGAAAAAAUCAAUACAACCUUUUACUCUUUAUGUAGGGUAAAAUGGUGGUUAAAAAGACUCAUGAAUUUUUGUGAUGUCAGUUAUUUUUAAUUCACACUCUUCUCCAGGAAUACCUUUUUAUCUCUAGCGCUUGAAGAUCACAGUAGUUAUCUUCAUACAUUGGAGACAUUCCUUGGAUGUAGUGCUUCAGGAGAGGUAUGGAGGGUGUAAGGAGGUCCAAGGCUCAAUAUCAGUUUUCGAUUAAUAAGCUGCAGUUUGGGAAGAGAGCUUUUUGACAAUGACCCUGGCAACAUAUCAGUGUUUCAGCUGCUACUUCCACCUUCAGUGAGGCAUGGAGAACGGUUGUAGGGUAUACAGUGCGUCUUCUGCUUGGAUUGAAAGCCACACGUUGCAAAAAGGGCUGCAUCCUUCUUUCUUUCUUUUUUAACUGUGGCCACACCUGCCAGCAUGUACGUACCGUCCUCCUGCUAGGGGUUCAAGAGUGAACAUGGCCCUCUGGUCAAGAAAUGUUAGUCACUUGCUGAGGGGGGCAUUUAAACAACCAGUGUUCAAAAUUAGCCAGGUUCCAGGUGCAUUUUGCUCCUGUUUUUUGACCACCUGUGACCAAUUGAAGCUGCCUGGGCACCGGGAUGGUGCCUGACAUCUCCACCAUCUGGAGGUGCAUGCCUGGGGAUCAUUGGAUCUUGUCUGUUUUCACACACUCAUACCCCACCCUGUAGAAUUCUAUCAGAUUUAUUUUAUCUGCACUAUCGGAAUGAAUUUCAGGAACCAAAAUGCUUUUUUCUGUACAGCCUGAGCAGGAGUAGUCACCAUUAGGAAAAAGAGGUCUGAAUAGGACCUGGAUCGAGUGACUUUUCUUCUUUAAGUCCUCAAAGUUCUUAACUUAGCUCAGGGUUGUCAUCUGAACUAGCCAGAUGUUUAACUGAGAAUUAAUCACAGUUGGUCCAUCAUUUGAAAAAUCAGGCCUUUGAGCUGUCUUACCCCAAAAUAGUAACUAGACAUUUCGUUUUGGCAACUGUAACGUUGGUUUAAGAAUCCAUUUGGCAUCUAGCUUAUAUAUAUCUGAGUUUCUAAUACUGCUGAUGACAUGUGACACCCUUAUUAAAACAUCUGCACUGGUUGCCCAUCUACUACUGAGCCAGGUUCAAAGUCUUUGUGUUAAUUUACAAGGCCCUGUACAACUUAAGUCCAGGGUACCUUAUGGAUCACCUAAACCCUUAUAUCUUAGCUUGUUUACUAAGAUCAUCUGCAGGAGAGUUGUUCUUUAUCCCCCAAGUUGUCAAGGCGCAUCUGACAACAACAAGAAACCAAGCGUUUAGUGUCAUCAGCCCAGUCCUGUGGAAUGUAUUGGUACAGGAAUAUAAUCUAUGGCUGAUUUCUAAAAUAGAUAUGGGGGACUGAGGUGGAGUGGGGGGGGGGGGAGAAUGCCGUUUAAAGUUGUUAAAGAUCACUGCCACAGUUGGUUUGUGUUCAAAGAGAGGCCAUUUCUCGUUGUGCUGGCACAAAAUAUAUGUUCAGUACUCCAUUUGAUUGUGAUAGAUAAUUUCCUCCGAGGAAACUUGCCUCAUGGUGAGGAGAGAAUUUAAUGCAUCUGAAAGCUGCCUGAAGAAGCAAACAAACUAGGUGACUGUGAAAGGCUGGCACAAAGAACACGGUUAACAAGGAAACUAGCUCUUGUUAAUUUGACAGAAGCAGUUAUUGGGGCAUCUGCUAAUGUGCCAGGGAUUGCUCUGGAGGACGCACAUCUGCUUUCUACCUGGAAGCAGCUUUCAAAUAUAUUAUGAUGAUCACAGUGGUUGUACUGCAUAUUUACUGUUGUUCAAGUGUGAUUGCCGUGUAAUACAUAGGCUCAGAACAGACAAAUAUAUCCUUGGUGUACAAGCAAAGAUGCCAGAGGAAAAAAGGCAAGUUGUAAUUCAGGCAGUUUAAUACACAGGUCUGUUAACUACUCCUGACUCCUUCAGCUGUGUAUAACAUGUGCAGCGUUCAAUAAAUUCCGCUAUUCUUGAGAGAGACAAAGAAUAUGCCAUGUAUCAAGCCAGGUGAGGAAAAUUAUUUCCGGAUCUGGCCCACAUUCUGAAUUGGGUAGCUUGGAGCAUCCCCACAGUUGCCUUGCUCUUUUGCAGUACAGUGGUACCUCAGGUUACAUAUGCUUCAGGUUACAUACACUUCAGGUUACAGACUCCACUAACCCAGAAAUAGUGCUUCAGGUUAAGAACUUUGCUUCAGGAUGAGAACAGAAAUCGUGCUGCGGCAGCGGAAGGCCCCAUUAGCUAAAGUGGUGCUUCAGGUUAAGAACAGUUUCAGGUUAAGAAUGGACCUCCAGAAUGAAUUAAUUACUUAAUCCGAGGUACCACCGUACUCCCAAGCAGUGUUGGAAGCUCAUAUAUAAGCUAGGUGCCAAAUGGCUCCUUCAACCAGGGUUACAGUUGCUGAAACAGAAUGCCUAUUUGCCAUUUUGGGGCCAGACUGAUUGAAAGUCGUCGUUUCAGUACAACUUUUUGGUUCCUGAUUUUUUUUGUGCAGCUAAAGUAUCACAGAUAGAAUUCUGCAGGAUGUGUUGCUAGUAUGUGAAAAGAGUCAGGAUACAAGGAUCCCCAGGCAUGGUGCAGACAUCAGGCGCCAUCCUGGCACCCAGACAUCUUUAUUGGUCACAAGUGAGUGACAGUCAGGUGCAAAACACACCUGGCGAAUUUUGAACACUACUCCCAAGUACAAAGUGAAACAGAUCUGCAGGGACAAUAUUUGUCCACUCUUCUGCCCCAAGGUUGGGAUGAAAGGUUGGGCGCAUCAUGAUCCGCAGAGAGCAGUGGAAAAUUUGCCAUGGCAAGCUUAAAAGUGUGGACCUUGGUUGGUCUAUUCUGAGAAAUCAUAGAAUCUUAGAGUUGUACAAAAUCUUUAUAUUUUUUUUAAAGAAUGAUAGAAUCAUACCAUUGCAAGGGACCCCAAGGGUCAUCUGGUCCAACCCCCUACAAUGCAGGAAUCUCAGCUAAAGCAUCCAUGACAGAUGGCCGCCCAACCUCUGCUUAAAAGCUUCCAAGGAAGGAGAGACCAAAUGUAGAAGCUAGGUUUGGAGCCCAAAUUUGUGGCAUUGUUAUGCUUAUGUGAUGCUCUGCUGAAGAAAGGGGAGGUGAUUUUUACACAUUCCUGCUCCUCUUGCCCCCGAAAAGCUGCUCUGGAUUGUUGGGGGACCCUCCAGUACAGCAUGGCUAGGUUUUGCUAGUCACUACAGAGUGAAUCAGCAAAAAUUAAUUCCCUUGGACUUCGUGAAGUGGGAACUGCUGGGCAAAUGUUCCUCCCACAAAUGGAAGGAGCCUUUCCUUUCACAGAAUAAUGACUCUAGAUCCAGCCCAAUGAUUUUUAAAGAUAUUUUCUAUAACAGUAUUGAAACACGACACAGUUUGACAAACUAUUUGGUUACAUGAGAACUGCUCAUGUAAAUAAAUAAACAUUUACUGAAUUUAAAACACCAAACUCCUUAAAAGUUAAAGGCUGCCAUGGCAUAGGUUCAGAUGGGCCAUAUUUUUUCAUAUGCACAGGGAUUAAUCCUUAGUUGAGAGAGGGGGAUAUGCAGAGCAAGAAAGAGCAGUAUUUUGGGCAUUCAGGCUGAAAACUCUUGGGCAAAAAGUGUGUAGACAGCUAGGGGCACCUGCACUAGACCCACAUCUUAACAUCACAGUGCAGCUAGGUGUGUACAUUCCAUUCAAACUGUCCUGCUUUGAGUAGGAAGGUCUGGAGGGUGCUACAAAGGGCAUUAAGCUGACCAGGUUAAAAGCCUGUUUGCACACAGGAGCUGUGAUAAUACAGCAGUGUUUCCCAAACUUGGGUCUCCAGCUGUUUUUGGUCUACAACUCCCACCAUCCCUGACCACUUGUCCUGCUAGCUAGGGGUGAUGAGAGUCCAACAACAGCUGGAUAUCCGUGUUUGGGAAACACUGUAAUACAGGAUCCAUGAUUGUGCGGAAGCUCCUAAGCCAGGUGUGAAGAACCUGUGGCCCUCCAGAUGUUACUAAACUAUACCUCCCAUUGUCCUUGGCGGUUAUUGGUUGGGGGUGAUGGAAACUGUAGUUCGGCAAUUUCUGGAGGGCCACAGAUUCCCCACCUCUGCUCAAGACUUGUUCGACCAAACGUGCUUAAAAAGUCCGUUCACUUUCCCACAGGGAUAUUGGAGUAUGGGGCUGGCACAAGGGUUGGGAAUGGAGGCUAAACACCUGAGGAGGGUUUAAGUUUGUCAUGUUUUAUGCUGAGCACAAAUGAAUAUGGAAUGUAGUUGGAGUAGGAGUGGUUGUCAUGCAGCUGGAAGCCUAACUUUUGUUGGUCAGCUGCAAACCAUAAAAAUGAAUGUUGCCAGUUAGUGAGGACUCUCUUGAGAGUCACAGGACUCUCUGUUCUACCAGCAUUAUUUGGUCCAGAAAGUAGCGGACAGAUAUUGAGCAGUUGGUCCCACCAUACUUCCCCAUUUGUAAAAUGAGACUGACGAUUGACUGCUCAGGAUUGCAGUUAGGUUGUUAGAUACAGAUGAAGAAAGCGAUUAUAGGUUUGUAUAUUUUAUGAAGCACUUUGUUAAUUGUUCUGCCACUGUAAAACCUGAUGUGACGCUGCUGUCGCAGAGAUAUUGCACAUAUCCGAAAGGUCUGGGUCAAGUAAUGAAUAUGAUUGAUAUUUUCUAUUGGAAAUAUUUUCAACUUGCUAAUUAGACAACACACCCCCAAUUUCUCAUUUCAGGGAACAGUUGCUGCUUCCUAUCCAUUAAGUAAAGUGGGAAACGGGACAUCUUUCUUCAAGAUUAUACUUCAAGGUAUUUUAACAUAUAGUUAUUGGUUGUGCUAGUUGUGCACCACAGGCAAAAGUUGUGGGACUGCAAUAAUGGGGAUAAUAACAGAUAUAGUGGAAUAUCUAAAAAAACCCAACAACCCAGGGUCAUAUGCUUUUACAAAUGGGAGAGAUGGUUUAUUUGAGGAGGCAUCUGGAAUUCUGAACUCAAAAAGUAUUUUUCAAAUUAUAAUAUUAUUAUUUAUUUAACUUACCGUUCCCUUUUUAAACAAAAUACCUCAAACCACUUUACAACAGAAAAAGAAUAGCAAAUACAGUAAAACCAACAUGACACUAAGAGAGCAAAAUCUGAAGCAUUCAUAUUUUUGAAAAAGGAAGGCCUAAAACAUCCCAUCCCACUGAAAGAGACAACUAAAGGCCUGCUGAAAAAGAAAUGUUUUUGCCUGGGCCUUAAUAAGUAAUGGUGGCUCCUCCCUUGGGAGAGCAUUCCAUAACUGGGGAGUCGUAACUGAGAAGCCUGCUCUUUUGUCAAUACCUCCCUUGCAGGGGGCACACAAAGAAGGGCCUUGAAUGAUAAGCUGUUGCUCUGGGUUGGUUCAUAGGAGGAGAGGUGGUCCUGGAGUUACUGGGGUCCUGAGUUGUAGAAGGCUUUAUAGCUCAAAACCAGCACUUUGAAUCAAGCCAGAAAAUGAAUUGGUAGCUUGCCAUCUUGCUGCUGAAGUCGGCACCUGUUGUAAUUUCCAAACCAUCUUCAAAGGCAGCCCUACAUAUUAUGCAUUGCAGCAGUCUAUCCUAAAAGUUACCAGAGCAUAGACAACAGAGGCUAGGCCUUCCUCUACCCUUUUUAAAAUUUCACAGUCCUUAUCAUAUAUCUUUUCUUUUUAUGUUGGUCCUCGCCAGCAAGGUUAUCUGGACUUUCAACUACAGAAUUCUGCUGUGUGCUUCAUUGAUUGCCUGGUAGACUAGAGCUCAUUUUGUGGUCCUUACUCUGGCCUUUCGGGAGCCGCCUUAUGUACAGAGAUUCCCCCCCCCUUAGUUUCAUAGCUCACAGGUGUGAGUGUAUUUUAAUGUCCCUGGCCUCUCAGCAUUUGCGAUACCCUAGUGAAAUCAGAGCUGCAAGGCUUUCCUUUAGUAUAUUCAGAUAAAUGUUACAGUGUCACUGUUCCUGUGUGUCUUUCAGAGUCAGAAAACCCAUGUUCUAAGGCCGGUGCUGUCAAUACUUAUAUGUUUGGGAAGUUGGCAGAGGAUUGUGCCAGCGUUGUACAUCAAGGGGUAAAUGCUUUUAUUUCUUUCAUUCUUAGAUGUUUAUUUCUUCUUGUGAACUGUUUUUCUACUGAUCUUGUUGACCUAAGUGUGUUUACACGAUCAAUGCAUGCGGCUGCCUUUUUGACCGGGUUAAGGUGCUGACUGGUGUUCAAAUGAGUAGCCUCUGUGGCCCGAAAUCCCUGGGUGCUAUUCACCCACGUAUUUCGUGUAUUAAAGCUGUAUUUGUGUUCCUUUUCGUCACUGGAAUCGGAUAUAGUACUGUUUGCUUGAACAGCACUAUGGCAUCACCUAAUGGCAAAACAGAAAGAAGCACCUCUUCAAAAUAGUACUCUUGUCUUCCACCUCAGUGACAGGGAACCAGGUGUUGUCGGAUUCCAGCUUCCAUCAGCCCCAGCCAACAUGACCAGUGGUUGGGGAGGAGCACAAGUUUCCAACCCUUGCUGUAGUUACUUACAUACCCAACAGGUCACUGAGAUCUGCUCUGCAGGACAGUUUUUCCUUCAAGGCCUAUAGAUCUCAGAAGCCUGCUCCACAGUAAUGCAUAGCAGGUCAAUUUACAGCUUCUGAAAGCUACCAGGCGCAUUUUGCUUAACGUCUGCACCAUUUGGAGCUGAAUGCCUCGGGAUCCUUGGAUCUUGUCUGUUUUCACACAAUAGCAACACAUCCUGUGGCAUUCUACCUGUGAUAUUCUAAUGGCGCAAUUGGAAUGAAUUUCAGGAACCAUAGAAUCAUAGAAUCAUAGAGUUGGAAGAGACCACAAGGGCCAUCGAGUCCAACCCCCUGCCAAGCAGGAAACACCAUCAGAGCACUCCUCACAUAUGGUUGUCAAGCCUCUGCUUAAAGACCUCCAAAGAAGGAGACUCCACCACACUCCUUGGCAGCAAAUUCCACUGUCGAACAGCUCUUACUGUCAGGAACCAAAAAGUUGUAUUGAAAAACAUGACUUUUGAUCCGUCUGGCCCCCUAAAUGGCAACUAGACGUUCUGUUUUGGCGACUGUAACUCUGUCUUAAGGAGCCAUUUGGCUCCCAGCUUAUAUAUUUGAGAUUCUAACACUGGUUAGUGGGGCUGCCUAUUCCAUGGAACAGCAUUCUUGUUGAGAUACAGCAGACACCCAUUAUCUACAUAUUCUGGAACAACUGGGAUUGCCUUUAAAACUGUUUUCCAGCUUUAACUUCCUGAAUAUUUAUUUAGCCUCUUUUUCUGAAGUCCAGUAUGAGCCAUGGGUAGUCUUCAACUAAGUUCUUUUCAAAGUAGACCCAUUGAAAUUAAUGUCCAUGACUAAGUUAGGUCUAUUAAUUUCAGUAGGUCAACCCCAAGAAAACUUGACUUACUUACUUACUUAUUGAAUUUAUAUACCGCCCUAUACCCAGAGGUCUUAGGGUGGUUCACAGAAAAGAUCAUAAUAUAUAAAAUCAAAAUAAGAACAAUAACCCAAUAACAACCCCCCCAAAUAGAGCCACAUUUCAAAAGGGUGUUGAAUAGCUGAACACCCCUUUCCCCCCUAAAUGCCCUUUAUAAGUAAACAUCUUAAGACUAGUUAUCUGCCCAGUUGAAAGUUAUGGUAAUUACCGGUCAUGCCUCUGUCUUUUUAUUUAGCCCCCCCCCAAUCUGUAAUGAGCAGCUUUGCUUGCUGACUUUUAUCCCAGCACAGCAGAAGAUGUGUAAAAGGAAAAAAGAAAAAAAGAAAAGAGAAAAAGAAGGCCCUGUGGUAGUGGUGGUCUACCUGCCAGUAUUAUGGUAUAGAUUGGGCACUGAGAAAUGAUUUCAAGUUAACUCUUCUACCACAUCGUUUAAAGUGUCUGAAACUUAAUUAGCGCUUUGCGCCCUUCUUGAUAAAAGGAGAAGUAGUAAAACAAGGCCCAAAGCACCAAUUAGGAGAUCACAGAGAUCAGUACUGAGGACCUGUACUGGAAACUACAGCCCUUGAGCUGGAAACUUCAAACAGAGUUGAACUAGCAUCAGAGUAUUCACAGCUCCCUUGUGUCUUGAGCCGUGGUUAUGUGGACUUGUGUGUGUGGUUUUUAAGAGGCUUACUAUGAAUAUGAUAGAGGGAGGAUAAUCUCAGUUCCUUUAAAAAAACACAAAAUUUAGUGAUCAGGCCAUUUUAGCAAGCCUGUUGAACUUUCUUUCUUUAAAAAAAGUCAUUGAUUUAAAUAGUAAAUUGCGAUGCGAGGAAUUGGGGGUUCCCCAAUGGGAGACGUAAACAGUAACAUAGGAGAGUAUAUGCAUAUUGUUGCUCCUAUGAAUACCGCAGUAUAUAGCACCAAAUGUGCUUGAUGCUUGCAUAUUAGGCAUAUGUAGAAGAUAUACCCGUGUUAUAUCUUCUACAUUGGUAAUGGUGCAUUUCAGAAUUUAGCGCUAAGAGCAAAAGCACCAUUCUUCGUGAACUAUACAGUCAAGUUGCCGAGCAAUCUUGGUGUAAAACUUAAAAAAAUAUUAGAUUACAUUCUGAACUACUUCAUUCUGCACCAGUCUAAAAUUUAUCCCUAUUAAAUUGGGGGAUUUAGUCUAGUCAGCUGUCCAGCCCUGACUUGGCAACCAAGCUCCAAAAUAGAAUGUGCAUGCAGUAACAUCUCAAAAUACUGGAACAGGAAUAAAAUAUCUAGGAGCAUAGCUCUUUUGGUUUAUGACUUACUUUACACCAAUUUUAGAAGUCUACAUUGCAGUUCUGUGUGUGGCUCUUUGGAACAUAUGUCCUUUUGAGUUCAUUGGAGAUUCCUCCAUUCAUUCUUUCAAUUUCUAUGCUGCCCAUCAUCCAAGGAUCACAGGGUGGUUUACAAUAUAAAAACACAAAAAUACAAACCAUGGUAACAAGCAAACACCCCCCCCCCCCGUUUAAACGGUCAGAUUGUUUAAUUAGCCAAAGGCUCAACAGAAGACAGUUUAAAAUUGCUUCUUUGAAAUAUCAAGCAGAUAUUGUGCCUGAGUUAGGUGCCUUUUUGAUAACUAAGGAAGAUUGUCUACAAAUGCUUAAGGUUUUCCCUCCCCAUUUCUUAAAGGCAGGUUGUGGUUCAAAUGUAAGAAACUUUACCCAUGGAUUUUUUUAGUUGUUUUGUUACAGAGUUAUUUCUCAUUUUUUAUUGAAAGGAAGAUGGAACAGUGGCAUAACUAACUCCUCUGCCCCCCCUCCCAAAAUGGUGGUACAGAAUAAAAUUCAUUGCACCCUGGUAAUUCCAUUGCACAUUAAGCUUUGUUGGAAUUUGUUCUAAUCCUUUUUAAACAAUUGAAUCUGUCUGUAUCACUUAAGUUAGCAGUCUCCCACCCACCCCAGAAAACAUUAAGGUUUGGGGUUUUCAGUCAUUUAAAAGAAUAUCAUCAGAGACUGCUGAAGUAGCAAAAAGAGCAAUCAUAGCGCCGUAGUUUGCUAAAAACUCAGCUUUAAUCAGAAAGCUCUUUUAUUUAUUGUAAUCAAGUAAACACACGGACAAAAGACAUGCAGUAAAAGCUAAUGGGAGUGUUGUUGGUACAAGAUUGAAUGCAAAAGAUGAAGCGCUGAGGCUAAAAUGCUUCUCAGGAAGAGCACAUCCAUCUGGAAGUACUUAGGGGGCGCAGGCAAAAUUGAGAUGGCACUUUAAAACUCAGACAAUGCCAGAAAUAACUAAGGUAAAGGAGCCUUUAACUUGCAUUGCAAUUCCCUGUGCUCAGUUUCAUUUUCUCAGGUAUCUAGCUUAGUUUCCCUGACUGUCAGUAAUGCAGUCUAUCAACCUUCUCUUUCACCCCCUCCCUGCUUCCAUGGGAGUUUGCUGGGUAAUAAGCUGAGGGAUGAGAGGCACCGUGGAUAGCUCUCUUUUCCUCUUUCUUUCUCUUUAACCUGACUGCUAAUGGUCCAAUAAAUGCUGACAUCUGCAAUCUUAGAUGGCAAGUGCUGCAUGCAGAAAAUCCAGUACCUUUAACUUCUUCACUGCUGAAAGAUAUCCAGCUGCUCACUCAGAGCAAGCCGGUGGAUCUGGGCCAGCACUGAAGAAGUUAAUAUACAGGGCAUUUGACUCUCAGAAAGAGAGAGAGCGCACUUAAAUCUAGCCACCAGCUUGGCUUGACUUAACUAGAAACAGCCUUGUUGCUGUAACUCCUUUGAGUCGAUAGGGAUAAACAAGGUGCUAUGUUUGGACAUAACAAGAAAGCAGUGAAGCAGUAUUUCAGUAGUUUGAUGACCUGCUUCUUAAUUGCUUUUCUACUAAAGAAGGCUGACCCUGAGAAAGCCACAGUUCACAUGUGGUUUUCUAAACUUAGCAAGGACCCAAAGCCUGUCCCGUCAAUAAUUUUACCUGCGCAAGGAAAGCUGAAAUGAAUAUAGCUGUGCAAAACUUGCAAGUGUACUUUUCCAAAAGUUGCAGUUGGUGCUGGUGCAAGGUAAUUUUCUGGGCGAUCCUGAGCUAGGAAACUAAGAUCUUCAAGCAGUAAUUAAAAUUUGGGGCUUGCCUUUUGAAAGUUAUGUCCAUGUUUCUUAGUAACUUGGGAAUACAAUUAUAGAUUGUAAAUGUAUUCUCUACACAUUUUCUGUUUAAGUUCGCAGGCUAGGAACCUGUGGCCCCUCUGGCUGUUACUGAACUACAGUUCUUUUCAUCCCCGCUCAUUCUGUCUGGGAUGAUUGGAGGUGGAGUCCAAGAACAUUUGAAGGACCACAGAUCCCACUCCCUGAUCUGCAUAGUCAAAACCUAUCUGAAUGAUGUGUUAAUUUAACAGUUCUGCGGUUUGUUAUUCAUUCCCCAAUAUCAUCAAUAUAAAUGAUAUGUUACUACAUUUGAUUUUGAUUAUUCAACACGCCAGUCUUUGAGAGUGAUAGAUCAUUAACAUUUGGCAAGAGGAUGCUACCUGGCACUGAUUGUAGUUGGGCGUCCAAAAACAUCUGCCAAGCUACAGGUUUUCACACUUGCUUUAGAUAAUGGGUGGAGGUUUCUCUUUCCUGUUGUUAAAAGUGAGCUUUAAAUACCAUAUGCUCCCCAAUUAGUGUUAGAAAUUCAGAUAUAUAAGCUAGGUGCCAAAUGGCUCCUUAAACCAAGGUUACAGUUGCCAAAGUGGAAUGCCUAGUUGCCAUUUUGGUUCCUGAAAUUCAUUAUGAUUGUGCAGAUAAAAUGUAACUGAUAGAAUUCAGGAGGAUGUGGUAUUAGUGUGUCAAAGCAGUCAAGAUCCAAUGAUCCCCAAGCAUGUACCUCCAGAUGGUGGAGCUGUCAGGCACCAUCCUUUCACCCAGGCAUCUUCACUUGGUUGCAAGUGGCCAAUAGGUGCUAAAUGUGCCUAGCUAAUUUUUUUACUGGAAAAACAAAUAUGGUGUUGUGUUUAAGCCCUUUGUGGUAUAAGUAUAUAUUGAAUUUUGUGUAUACCACCAUCCCUCUGUGGAGUUGGAAAACCUAAGUAACUACACUAUGGUAGUUUUUGUUUUGUGAAUGGUGCCAUGGACCCCCUGGGUGGGUUCCGCAGAGCCAUUGGGGUCCGCGGACCCCCAAUUGGGGACCACUGCUCUGUCAUAUCCCCCCAUUUUUAUUUUAAACUAAAAAUCUGCAAAUGGUACACAACCCUCCUGAGUCUCCCUUUGCCAUGUUGGAUGGAUCAGAUAGGGACCUCAUAAUAGCAGAAUCAAGUAAUAGUGAUUUGCUAACUAUUCUUUCUGAUUCGGGCCACUAAUCGGAGAGAGUGAAGUUUGACUAUGUUGUACUGAAAUGAAUCAGAUUUCAGUGUAGAACUUAUAUUGAUUUUAGUGGGAUGCAUUUACCUAACUUUAUGUAGAUUACAUCCCCUUUUUGACAUUAGCUUCAAAAAAAACAUGCACAGAAAGAGUUUAUCCUUUGUCACUUUCCUGUAGAAAUCUGAAAAUGUGUGUAUGUGUUUUACUUUUCCUGUUUGAAUAAUAACUUUCUACACUACUUAUUCUUGCAAACUGGUACAUAACCUCCACCCCCAAUCUGGGACUAUUUUAUGCUAGUGUUAUUCCAUUAUUGCUUCAGCUUAGAUUUCAAAUCACUGACAUUUCUUUUUUUAAAAAAAAAAACCCACACUACUUAAAAAUGCUAUAACGGAAAGUGCCAUUACAAAAGUCAGUCUCCAUAAAAUGACAUCCUUUGACGUUAACGUCAGUUUGGCUGUUGAGCAAAUACCUUAUUUGUAUAGGAGGAAGCAGAGGGAUUGCAGUAACUAUUUUUCUUUCUGAUUUAUACAACUGGCAAAGAGACCUUUUAGAAUUGAGUUUUGCACUCAUCUCAGAAUUUUUAUAACAAAUACCUUCUAUAAGUGACUUAGAUUGUUCAUCACCUUUCAAGCUGUUUGAAUUUUUCAGCUUGCUAAUAUUGUUUUGUUGGAAGAGUUGUUGUUUUUCCCCCCUAAUCUUCACAGUACCGAAAAGGCCAUUUUGCUCACUCCAGUAGUCAGAAAUCAGAAACCAGUUCUUCGGUGCAUUUUUCAAAAAGUGCCAUUUAAGUUCCAUAUGAUCGAUCCUCUUGAUUUAUCAACUUCUUGUUUGUCGCAGAUAAAAUAUUUAGCUACUCUUUUGUUAUGUAAAUACUGGCAACAUUCAGACCAUGAAGCUUUGCCCCAUUGCCCUAGUCUUAUGAAAGAUGAAUUGUAAGUUUUCGUAAUGCAACAUCUAAGUUCACUGAUGACCUGCAGAUGAUUGGAACACCUGUGUAUUCUAAAAUAUGUAAUUAGAAUCAUAGAAUUGUAGAGUUGGAAGGGACCGCAAGAGUGGUUUAGUCCAACCCCCUGCAAAUGCAGGAAUCUCAAGAAUUAAUUUUAAAAUGAUUGAUACCAUUUGAUUUUUGACAGUGGGUAAUAUCUAAUGCUCAGGGUAGAUUCAUUAAAAUCUAUAGAUAUGUCCAUUGAUUUUAGUGGGUCUGCUCCAAAUAUGACCAAACAUUGAAUAUUCCCCCGUGCAAUUCUUGAUUUAAACUAUUUCGAUGGAGAUCACUUAAGGCCUUUGUUUUCCCCAAACACUAUCCCAGCUAAAGUUAAUGACACAUUUCAGUGGAAAUUUUAGACCUGUACAUAAAUAUUUCAUAUUGAAACUUUGGUUGCAUUAUACCUUUACAUUUUUCUUUUCCAGAGGCUUUCCUAAUCAGCAGGGAUUUGUCAUAUUUUCUGAAGAUCCAGGGAAAUGUUUCAUCAAAUGAUCUGAUCACUAAGUACUCCGAAAAUAUGAUAACUAAUAGCAAUAAUGAUGCAUUUUUUCUCUCUCUAUAGGACAUCAUGGUGGUAGCUGGAUUCAGCGUGUCUAAGUCCACCAGUGAAGCUGAUGGGCAUUGCUGUCGGCUAGAAGUCUCUGACGAAGCUGGGUCAACUAUUUAUGUAUGUUUUUCAAGCUUUUCUUCUCUCCCUUCACUCCAAAACUUUCUUAAUGAGUCUGAGAGGCUGUGGAUUACUAAAAAGUACAUCAAGGUCUGCUUUAAAAAGAUAGAAGAACUUUACCAUUCAGCAUACUAAUAACUGGGAUUCAGAGAAAACCCUUGGCUACAGCUGAGUGUCUAAGGGGGCUUUAGACUUGCAUUUGUGUAUCAAACAGCAACCCACCAGAAAUCUUAGAAUUGGAAAGGGACCACAAGGGUCAUCUAGUACAACUCCCUGUAUGCAGGAAUAUUUUGCACAAUGUGGGGCUCGAACCCACAACCCUGAGAUUAAGAGUCUCAUGCUUUACCGACUGAGCUAUUUCUGGUGAUAAAGAAUCAGAUGGCAGCAAUCAUAGAGUUCAUGGCAUGUGGAAAACUAUUUUUGAUACUGAACAGGGUUUCUAAGCAAUCUGACACACUACGCGGGCUGCUGCUGCCCAAAGGGAAGAAAGUUAGCAUUACUCAAAUGCUUUGAAAUGUGUGUAGCUCAUACAGCUCUGUCUCUUUAGCAGUGUUUAUAGGGUAGUUUUAGAAAUGUGUAAAGUCCUAUUCUCUUUCUCUACAUAAAAAUGUAAGGCUGCCAUUGCUGGGCCUCCAUUGGAGGAUUUGUAGAGCCACAUCACAAUCCUGGAUUUGCAUGAUGUCGGAACGGGAGCAAACAUGAGGCAGGAUUUAAGAUGGAGUUUUAAAGAACAGCAAAAAGUUUGAGUAAAGCAGAAAUAGAGGGACACAGAGGAGCUGGGGCAGGUAAGGGGUUUGAAGGGGCUGUGAAGGGAGUGCAAGGCUUGAGGGAGUGGAGCUGCAGAGCUAGAGAGGCCGGAGUUGCUUUGUGGGAAUGGGGAGGCUGAAGGAGGCAAUGGUGGAUUUGGGUGAGGUGUGAAGGGAGGGAUGGGACUAGCAAGGAGGGUGGCAGCAGCAGGGAGCUUGGUAAGCAAUGUGAGCAGGGGCAGAAGCAUAUCUAUUUACAGUGGUACCUCUAGUUACGAACUUAAUUCGUUCCAGAGGUCCGUUCUUAACCUGAAACUGUUCUUAACAAGAGGCGUGCUUUCGCUAAUGGGGCCUCUUGCUGUUGCUGCGCCACCGGCACACGAUUUCCGUGCUUAUCCUGGGGCAAAGUUUUCAACUCGAGGUAACUCUUCCAGGUUAGCGGAGUUUGUAACCUGAAGCAUUUGUAACCUGAGACGUUUGUAACUCGAGGUACGACUGUAUAUCUAUCUAUCUAGCUAUCUAUUACAGUGACUAACGAAGCAGAAAUUUUACAUUACUGUAACAAAAUGUCUCAGGUUCCACCACCUUCAUCAUUUGCGCUGAUAAAAAAAUUAGGAGGUUUCCAAGCUGGCAGUUGCAGUGCUUCUGAGUAUUCUGUCCUCAAAGUUCUGGAACAGCCAGCUUGGAAAGAGCCUCACUUUUUAUCUAAGCAAGGCAGACGCAGAAACAUUCUGCUGUAAGAAUUCAAAAUUUCUGUUUUGUUAGUCACUGCAACAAAUACAUUGUUUUAGUGAUUAGCUGCAUCCUAUCAGGAUCCAGAACAAACUUGUCUGAAAUGCUGUUUGGUGCAUUCAUGUUUUUCUCUCUAUAUAUGUGUGUAUAUGUGGAUGUAUUUGCACAACACUGAGCCCCUUGGGCUUGCUGACCAGAAGGUUGGCGGUUUGAAUCCGUACAACGGGGUGAGCUCCCGUUGCUGGGUCCCUGCUCCUGCCAACCUAGCAGUUCGAAAGCACGCCAGUGCAAGUAGAUAAAUAGGUACUGCUGCAGCGGGAAGGCAAAUGGCAUUUCCAUGUGCUCUGGCUUCUGUCACUGUCCUCCAUGCACCAGUAGUGGUUUAGUCAUGCUGGCCACAUAAUCCAGAAAGCUGUCUGUGGACAAACGCUGGCUCCCUUGGCCUGAAAGCGAGACGAGCGCCACAACCCCAUAGUUGCCUUUGGCUGGACUUAACCGUCCAGGAGUCCUUUACCGUAUAUGCACAUACCCCUGGGAGAGUAUUGGAUGUUGCUAUGGGAACCCUAACUAUUAUGACUUGGGCCUAUAAAUCCAGUUGUGCUGUAUUGAAGUACCGUAUUGACCUGAAUAUAAGCCACACCCGAAUAUAAGCCGUGCCUUUAAAAUUGGAGGGGGGAAAGGAAAAAAGAAAAAAACCACCCAAAUAUAAGCCGCUCCAUUCCUCGCUGCUUCUGGCUGCGUACUGGGGGGAGGGGGAGCCAUGCUUUGCCAGCGGCCUUUUCCCUUCCUCGCUCUCUCCCUUCCCGGCCUUUGGGGAGAGGACAGGGAACUACGCGUGGGGCGGGCGCCGCUUUGUCACACUCCCGGCUCUGUUUGCCCCGCACUCCUGGCUGCAUACCAUAAUGUCCGAAUAUAAGCCGCACUUUAACUUUUCAUGGUCGGAAUUUGGGGGAAAAGGCUUAUAUUCAAGCCAAUACGGUAGUAGCAAUCUAUAGUGUUGCUGCUUUAGUUAAGGGGGAAUGGCCCCUUGCCAGAUUUCCAAUAGUAUUAGCCUUGAAUUGACAUAGACUUGGAAAGUUUGAGAUUGUGCUGAGUUGGCAGAGUGCAGCGUAUCUUUUUGAUGCUUCGUGACGUUUCUCUGGGAUAGCAAAUAUGCUGUAAAUAUAUUUACAUAGUAAUAGCUUUGUUUUGGAGAAUGGAUAAGAGAACUAAUAUUUCUAUAGUCAAUGGAUUUUAGCUUUGAUCUCAAAAAGUCAUGUUACCGUAAGCCCGUCUUAUAGUACUUGGAGGGAUGGUUUUUGUAAUUUGUGUAGAAUAUUUGCCAAACUGAAAGGCAACUCGGAUAUUGCAGCUAUGCAACUAAUUCUGCAUGCCCAAAGGGAGACAAAUUUCUUUUCAAUUCGUCAUGUACUCUCUUGAACCUAAUGUUUAGUUCAUUGUUUGCUGUGUAGUUAAUUAUAAUUAGGAUAUGGUUGCAGCAUGCCUUUAUCAGCUAUGUGACAACCAGAAUGUCAGAAUGGUGAAGCUCCCUCAACAUUUCCUCUCCACCUGUUGAGCUUCACCAGGUUGGGUGUUGGAUAACUAGGUUGAAAUUCCUUCCCCAACCUGGUGCCUUCCAUAUAUUUUGGACUACUGCCCUCAUCAUCCCCAGCCAGCACAAUCAGUGGUCAAGGAUGAUGGUAGUUGUGGUCCAAAAAGUUUUGUGGGUACAAGGUUAGGGAAGGCUAUUAGUCAUAUUUUAUUUUUAUGAACAUGGAACAAACCCUUUUUGAGAAAAACGAAAGGCACAUGUGCUGUUUGCUUCCACUAAUGAAAAGUUCAUUUUAGAUUGGAAUUAAAGACCUAAUCAUGCUGUAUUAGCUUAGCAGUAUGAACAUUAGGAGAACCUUUAUUUUUAAAAUGAUUCUUACAGUUGCAUGUAUUCCUGGGGUUUGCAUCUUUAAUUUCCUGGAGCACCCUGUGAUGUUUUCUACAACAGUAAUGUGUAACUUAAUGAAAGCAGCCAGAUUUUAAUCAUUUCAUUGUUUUAAAAAGGCACUUGUGCAAGUCUGUUCUUACAAACAUUAUUUCAUUUAAACCAGGAUUCAUUCACCAGGGCUAAGCUAUUUUCAGUGCCAGGGUUCAGCCAUGGAACAGUUAACACGUGAAGUGAUUUUAAGGGCUUAUCCACAUUUACCCUUUGCUCCGCCCUUUCCAGGGAAAAGUAAGUGUGGAUCAGCCCUAAGUGUAUGCAGAAUCCCCAGUGAGUGACCACAACCAGCUUACAUAUACCUGAAGGCCCCCAUAAACAAAUAGUCUGAUAUAAAGGGAGUCCAGAAUUCUAGCGCCUCUUACUUUGGGAAUUGUUGAUGUUGGUUAGAGAAGCCACAUGUUAUCUUUUCAUAAGAUAAAACCAUGAAUACUGGGGGAGUUGGAAGACCACCAAUAGCAGUGUGAAGCCUGUUUUGGCCCUUUGCCUGCCUGACAGACAGGUAACAGGAGCCCCUAAGGUAGUUUUUGUUUCUAAACAAUACAGAUACAGUAAGGGUGGGAUGGAGAGUUAAGGGAAGCAGGUUACAGUUUGCAAGGUGCGGGGAAAUAACAAGGGAAUACUACAGCUACAGUCAAGCUGACCAGAGUUUAGGCAUGUACUUAGGUGGAUGCAUCCCAGAUGUCCAGAUAAGUGUCUGCUGCCCAAAGUAAACAGCCUGUUCAAAAGCAGAAAGGAUUUGGAAAAGGGAUUCUCUCUCUUUGUUGAAGGAUUUGGCUUCACAUUCAUGUGCGCCCACAAGAUCCAGUUUGCUGUUUUACAAUUCACAAAGCACAAAAUAUAGUUUGGGGAAUGUAGGCAUCUGUGAAGUUCAGUGAAGUCCCUAAAGCACAGUAAUCAUUCAGGCAGCUGGGUAAGACAUGCCCAUCUCUAAUACGAUAGUGAUUAAAUUGGCACCAAUGUAAAAUCAAUACCAUAACUUGCACAAAUCUUAAAUGCUAUAAAACGUAUGAGUCCAGUAUGAAUACUCUUGUAUUAUCUUUAUGAAAUGUGUUUAGCGAGGAGUGAAAACCUUGGGCAGAAUUCCAUUGACUACUGAUAGUGUUGCCACCUCUUUUCUGGUCUUGCCCUCGCAUCUAUCGGAGCAGCUUGAAACAAUUUUGAGUAAAUAAAGCUUUUCUUAAGAUCAGGAGAAGGGCCAGUAAAAAAAGAGGCAGCUCUAAGUACCCAAGGAUAAGUAGUUUUGACAAAUGCAACUGAAAGAUGAAAAAUGAGAUGCACACAUUUUGUAUAAAAUUUAAAUUUGAAAUUCUUGAGAGAUUCUCAUUUGUGCCAUUGUAGGCUGGGGUAGUUUUGAAGACACUUUGUUGUUGCUUUUGUAGAUAAAAAUGAAGAGGAAAAUUAAAAGCAGAGAAAGCACCCACCAAGUAGGUAUUCUGUUACUGUAUCUUUGUAGCAUUGAGUGUUAAAAAUGCUGAUAAUAAAUUAAUUCAUAUUAUUUCUUAAAGACUUGUUUUAAAUUGAAAGAGGUACUUUGAGUGAAGUUCCCUUUUGGAUCCACAUGGCAGUGUAAAAAAAAUGCUAUGGUUUGUUGUGGCAUCCAAACCUUGACCAUGGUUUGUUUUCAAACAAAUCACUGUCUGGGUUUGUAUCACAUAACAAGCCAUAGUAUGGCUUGUUUGAGCUCUGUGGAUGGGAAGAAUUCAUUCUGGGGCCAGCAUGGCAGAAUAAAGGCACAUCCAUUAUUAACUCAUAAACGAAGCCAGGUAAACUGGCUUGUCAUGACAUGCAAACUAGGUCCUAGGAAGCCAUAGAGUACAUUUGUGCAGUAUGUUUUAUAAAAUACAGAAAUUUAAAUUACCAAGGGAAGAAUUAUCCCUCAAUCUAUCCCAGUACAGCCUGGGAACCUUUAGGAAUAUUUUAAAUCCUACCCGUUUGAUCUGCCCUUUUGAGCUCAGGGCUAAGUUGUGAAAGGAUGGAGGGGUUUUAGUGAAUUUUCUUUACUUCAGUUUUAUUUUGAUACUGGCCAUAAUAGAAAUUAAACUAUUAUGUUCUGUUAGUUUGUGGUUUUUUUAUACUAACACCAAAUAUUUGAGAUAAAGUAGUCUAUAAAAAUAUAAAUGUUUGUUGAUUAGAAUUGUUGCUUUACAUAAAUAUUUAGGUAGCAUUUGUUAUAUGUUUGACAUAAGACAAUUCACUUAAAUUGCAAUGUAAUAAAAAUGCAUACAUUUAUUAUUUCUAUCUUUUAAGUUACCUAUACAUAAUAGAUUAACUUCCAGCAUAUAUUUGUUCAAAGAACAAAGAAUGUCCAUCUUAAAAUAUUGGAAUAAAAAAUCUGAAAUGAUCCUUAUUGUCUUCCAGUUUGUUCUAACAAUCUUCAGUUCUGUUUUUCUCCGCAGGUGUGUACUAGGUCAUCCAAUACAAUUACUGGUUCAGAAACUGUAGCCAUGGUAAGUUUUGUUUUGGUGUUUCUUUUAUUUUUGUUUUAAAUUGUAGAAGGCAUCGCAAGUUCAGUGCCUGAAGCAAGUUUUACAGCAACUUUAAGAUGGUCUGUAGAAAUGGCUAUAGAUCUCAAAAUAAUUUUGCAUUAGCUGCUGUAGGGAACACAAUUAGAAAAGGAAUAAGGCAGAGAAUAGGUGUCCAGAAAUUUUGAAUAAAUCCAGACACAUGCUAGGUUUCCUCCUUUGGACAUCUCUCUUUACACUGUGAGGCUGGGAAUGCUUUAUGAUUGUGUUUUCCAGCUACUUUAAUUUGUCUUACGUAUAUAGAAAAAUUCUUUUCAAGCAGCCCCACUAAAUAAAAAAAUACACCAGGCUGUAGAGGCUCAGAAACUCUGGCAAGUGUGCUAAUUUCCUGAACAUCUUGGAGGUGGUCUGCAAGUAUUAUGACUGUUAUUAGGCUAGCCAGCAGAACAAGGUGAUGACGGAAAUAAUUAAAAUGCCUGUGGCACCUUCUGCUGGUUACUGGAGAAAGUACAAAAAUUCAUGUGUUCCAACAGCCUUUCCAAAACUUUAUUAAAGCAAAUUUGCUGUAUCAGGAGAGGGCAACAUUGUAGAUUUUUUGACAUGUGUACAACUGGUUGGCAAGAUUCUAUACUCACUAGGGCCAGACUGAAAUUCAAAUGUGUCAAAAAUCAAUUGGCAAAGAUCUAAAAUCAGUUGGCUUUCUCAUUCUAUAUGUUGGACCCAUGUGUUUUCUCUUCUCAUGUAAGUAGCUUACACACUUAUUCCAACCACAGAAUGUACAGCAAAUGGGUUUUUUAAACAUCCUGUGAAAUGAUCAAUCAACAUGUGUGAUAACUAUUAAAACUACGGAAAUUAAUCAGGGCUAUUGUACUAGAAACAUUUAACUUAGGAUUGGACCCGGUGGUUUUUUUCUGUUAAACUAUACAGAUGGUUUAGUUAUACAGCAACAUAAGGAAUCUGUGUCAUUGUAUGGUGUUGGCAACAAUAAUUUUGUUGGCAGAAAAAUGGAGAUCAGCAACGAUACCAACCAUUAAUAAAUACAGAGAGAAAAUGUAGGAAUUUGCUUCAAUGGCCAAGCUAGCUUGUUAUGUCAGAGAACAUAACAAGAUGAAUUUGCAACAAAUGAGUAGGUGCUUAUUAAAUAUAGGAAGGAUUUAAUCAAAACAUGUUGUGGUUUUACACUGUUUUGAAGUUUGGUUUGUUGAGGAUAGUUAAACAAAUUAUUUAAUCUAUUCUUGUAGGUUAUGAUAUAGGUUCUGGUCUCUUUCUUUCCUUCACUUAGAUUAAUGCCUUUUGAAAUAAUAAACAAAUUUGUAUCUGCAAACGUUUUAUAGCUUUAACUCUGCAGAUGUACUAUUUAAAUUAGAAAAGCAAAAAAAGCUAGUGUUUCUGGAAUGGUCUGAUAUUUGCCGUUUGCCAGGAAAUAAUUUUGGCUGUCUCAUAAGAAGAGUCCUGCAGGAUCAGACUCGCAACAUAUAUAACAGUCAUAGCUUGCAGCAAUUGAUAGCCUUAUAUUCCAUGAAUCGGUCCAAUCCCCCUUUAAAACCACCCAAACUGGUGGCUGUCUGCCUCUUGUGAGAGCAAAUCCCAUAGUUUAAUUAUGUACUGUAUAAAGAAGCACUUUCUUUUUUCUGAGCUGAAUUUCCUAACAUCGGCUUCAUUGGAUGGUUCCAGAUUCUAGUAUGAAAAUAGUCACACACACCCCAACAUCAUUUUAUACAUCACAAAGCAUAUCCACUCCCCGCUCACCUUUUCUGUACAGUAAAAAAAACAAAAAAAACCCACCCCAAAUUGUUAUAACCUUUCCUUAUAGGGGAAUUCUUCCAAAGGAGGAAGGAGUAUUCUGAUGGAAUGACCAGUAGCAAAGAAAAAUGUUUUCUUUGAUGUUCCUAAUGGACCUGAUAUCUAGGCCCUGUACAUAAAGAAAGUUUUGGCAAAAGAAAAGAAGAGAGAGAAGAAGAAGAAGCUUGCCGCUUUAAAAUAGCUACAGAAUUUGACUUGAAUGUGAUCACUUUCUGUUUUGUCUUGUUAGUCUGUUGCCCCCAGCUAUACAUACACCCCUCUGAAUCUUGUUAAAGGCGGGACUAUUGUCAACCUCUAUGGUGCUGUGAAAUUCUUCAAGCCUCCAUAUAAAUGCAAAGGAACGGGUAUGUAUUAUUAAAUAUAUAAAACUCACAAAGUGUUCUGCUUUAAAAAAAAUGCUCAUAGCAAAUAUGAGCAAGAAGUCGAUUAUGGGUUAUUGUAUGAUUUCUGAUCGGCUUGCCGAAGGUCGGCGGUUUGAAUCCCAAUGACGGGGUGAGCUCCCGUUGCUCGGUACCUGCUCCUGCCAACCUAGCAGUUCGAAAGCACAUCAGAGUGCAAGUAGAUAAAUAGGUACUGCUCCGGUGGGAAGGUAAAUGGCGUUUCCAUGCGCUCCUCGAGUUCGCCAGAAGUGGCUUAGUCAUGCUGGCCACAUGACCCGGAAGCUGUCCGCCGGCUCCCUCGGCCAGUAAAGCGAGAUGAGUGCCACAACCCCAGAGUCGUCCGCAACUCGACCUAACGGUCAGGGGUCCCUUUACCUUUACCUUUAUGAUUUCGAAUAAACUUCUCAAUGCUUCCUGGAUGCUUGGAUUCCUGUACAGCAGCCUUUCUCAACCUGUGGGUCCCCAGAUGUUGUUGGACUACAACUCCCAUCAUCCCUGAGCUCUGGCCUUGCUAGCUAAGGGUGAUGGGAGUUGUAAUUCAACAUCUGGGGACCCACAGGUUGAGAAAGGCUGCUGUAAAGAAGGCUUGCUCAGAUUCACCUUGGUGAGCCACCUUGGUCUAUUCCACCCUUUCAGUGACUUCUUUUAUGGCAUUCCCGCUUCAACUUUUGGGUUCAGUGCUGUGUGCGAUUGUGCACAUAUUGGUCGCGCCUAAAAUGGGGGUUGCCUGUUGUGCUCAGUAUUCUCACAAACUCCAAUUCAAAGUUUGGAAAUGGGAGCUUGUUGUAUCGUAACUUGGAGUUUAUAGUGGUUAGGGCAGAUGAAACGCUGACCAUGGUUAGCUUUGAAAAGGAAAGAAAUUAAUUCUAGCGUGGCUAGGAGAUUAGGCAGCCCAAUGUCUUCGGCAAUAGUUGAAAGUUUUAUUCAUUUGUUGAGAAGCUGUGGAAACCUCCCUAUUCAUUGCACACCAUUUGAUGCAACGGUGAAAAACUCAAGAGAGAUUUCUUUGCUCUUUGGGGUUGACAAAUAGAGGAACAUAGUCUUUGGUCAUGGUGUUUGAAAAUGGAUCUGCUUCCUUCACAUCUUUUGUUUAAAAAUGAACAUGACUUUAGUCGCACAAACCUAACAUAGUUUGUGGUAAUGGUAUUUAAACAUAAAACUGUUGGAAAUAUUGAAAGAUAAGUGUUUUCACAUCCCAGUUAAGAAAAAAAAAAGAAUAAAGCACCAUGAGGUACAAUAAUUUAUAUGUCAGACCUUUAAAAAAUGGAUAGGGUAAUUAAAUUUGGUAUCAAGAACUGGUAAUGGUCCAUCUGUUAUUACAGAUAUUACACCAUAUGCUUUGUCUAUUUUUCCACAAAAUGAAAUUAAAAUGAAUAUCAUUAGUUUCAUCUCAUAUUCACUUAUAAACUAAAAUUAUAUUGCAGGCAUGAACCUGGAAAAUAAUGUGUCUGCUCUAAUUUUGGAGGGAAUGGAGCGAUUUGCAUAUUGGUCGUUAGUUUUGUGAUAAUUUGAGCUGAUGAUAGAAAGCUUACUGUCAUAGAAAGAACUUUCUAAACUGGUCAACUUCUUUCAUAAUGGUGAUCUUGUAUCCUGGCAAGGCAGACUGUGGCAGUAAUGAAAAUUAUUUUUAUCCAGAAUUCCCAGGAAACUUUUUUUUUAAGUGAACCCAUCUUAUUCCUUUUGCCAGGAUCUCGGGGAACAAAAGCAAUACUUCUGUAGAUGAUACGUUUUACAAACAAUUUGUUAAGUUUGACCAUUUGGGGAAAUGGUUGUGCUGGGUUUUGUUUUGUUCUGUUUUUUUAAAGGCUGACUACCUUCUUGUGAUGUUAACCCUUACUAACGGAUUUCUUUAGAAUGAUUCAAGAUCUUGUUUUGGCUAAAACUGGAAUGAGUUGCGUUGUAGCUUGUAAAUUUCGUAAAAAGCCCACUUAUCUGUUCCGCCCUCAUUGGAUCACUAGGGUACUCAUAAAGCACAUCAGCUAUUGCCGUCUAUCUCUUCUUGAAUUAAAUUUAGGAAUAGAAAUAGAUUUAAAAUAGAUGUUUGAAAAAUAGUGUUCCAUUAUUAGGACACAAUGAUCUGCUUCAAACAUAAUGCUAAACCAUAGCUUUAGCACUGUGUGAACCCUACCUAGCAGCUUAACUAUGGUUUGUUUCCUGACAAUAAUCUGAAGCCAUGGUUUGCUGAUUAUUUGCAAACCUUAGUUUGUGUGAAUUAUGAUCUGGUGCUAUGUGUGAAUGCAGCACCCUUCCUUAACCAUGUUUGUUUGGCGAGCGUCUCAGGUGGUCAAUCUAUAAAGGAGUGAGUUUAGUAAUUGGAAAACAAACAAAAUUUUGGAGAAACAAGCAUACUUGUCUGUUUGUGAGACAACUGUGGUUUUACUCAUGGUUUGUUAAGCAAUCCAUGGCUUAGUGUUAUGUGUGAACAAGGCCUCCAUAUCUUAUAUUGUGUCUGCUGUUCUCCUAUGUAGUUUGUAGAACAUUAAGAAAAAAGUAUGUAAAGCCAAAUACAAUUCUGAUGUACAAGUUAUAUCAAUAUGGUUAACAUUUACUAGUUCUUUCUGUAUAGGAAUUAUCUUCCUGUAGCCAAGAUGAAACUUUUAGAUUCUUAUACUUCAGCAUCUUUUGAUGCUUAGUUAUGCUAGGUCUGUAUGGAUGAGAAAACUGCAUUCACUGUGAGAUUUUCAGUCUUUAAUUUUAAUAGGGAUAUUUUUUUCCCCUUCUGGAGAGCUGCAGAGAGCUGAAAAGAUUAUGAUUUUCUAUCCUUUAGGAUAUUGCAGAAGGUGUUGCUGAUUUUUAAAAUGUUAUUUCUGGAUAGGCAGAUAUCCUCUUAUUUCUCUUUCCUCACCACUUGUAGCUUUUAAAUGUAAAAUGGUCAAAACCAAAAGGGCAUGUAGACAAUCACUUGCAGAAAGGGCACUUCUCAACUGAAGAUAUCAAAUGGAAAUUUAAAGUUGGCAACCCCCUAUUAAGAUAUCUGAAGACUUCACAGCUGAUGGUAGAAAAUUUAAUCCAUGAAAUGGCAAUUGGAUCCAGGCUAGGGUCUCUAAUGACAUAGAAGUAACUGUAGCUCCAACUACUGCUGUGAGGGCUUAAUAUUUCCCUGUUCCUUCUUUUGCAGUUAAGCCAAGCAAGUUUACAGUAGCUGUUAAGUAAUUUUGUCAGGUGUUACAACUUACUGCUUAAAGUCAUUUCCAUAGGGUUUUUUUUUUUUUUUGCCAUUCUUAAACAAUGCUAAUACAAUUAAAUUAUUUCAUGGUGGCAUAAAUUUGUGACUCACUACAGAAUAAACUAACUUAACCCAAUUGAUCUAAAUCACAGACAAUACAACCUGGAACUCUACAAAAGCCCAAACUUGUUAUCGGCGGGAAGUACACUGUUCAGUGGCCUGAACAGAGAGCUGAGAUAUCAAAUAAAGAUGAACACUCACUUCCAUUGAAUUGAUUGGUUAAAAUACAUAGAUCAACAAUGGCUUGCAAUUUGGUUUGGAGCUGUUACACUGACUUCCUGGCAGCUGAGUCGCUGCUGCUUACUGGAAGGGCGAUGUAAUAGGAAAGUUGGCGUGACCAGCAGAACCCAUCCUGUCACCUUGCUCAUGCUGGUAAGCAACUGUGAUCCACUUGCUCGAAAGCUAGCACUGCAGAUCCCAGUUGGGAAGCUGCUUCUGGCAUACAUGUAAAACUGUAGAUGUCUGUUGGUCUCAGUGGAAAGCCCCAUAGAGAUUGGAAAUAGACCAUGUAUUUUUAUCUUUGCAUAUAUGUAUGCAUGUAUUUUCAAAUAGCUAUAGCAAAACUAUUAAAGUUUCUCUGUUUUUGGUGUGCCUGUCUACCCCGAAAUCCAUUCUGGAUGUUUCCGAAAGGUUAAACAUUAACUGCACCCAGUGUGUCAUUCAAAGCUUCUUUAGCCACUAAAAUACUAAAUGUAGUUUGUGUUUCUUGUGUUUCUUGUGUUACUGAUUUCCAUAUUGAAUAGCAUUUUGGACUUUCAAUCUGUCUUGUGCUAGGGGCCAUUUCUAGGAAUGUCUUUCCUAGAAAAUGUGCUUUCUCAGGGAGGAGUGUUUUGAGAAACAUGUGUACCUAUGACAUACAUCUUGCCUUAUAUUGUAUGUGUGUGAUAGGUGUAUUAGAGAGUUCAGUGUCCCCCACCCACAUAUAUGGAAGAGCUAUUCUAGUAAGUGUAUGAACUAGACUCCCAGCGCUGGUGGGUUUCACUUACUUUCUAUACAACAUGCCCGGAUACUUUCAAUAUUUAGAACCAGGACAUGGGUGGCGCUGAGGUCAAAACCACUGAGCCUCUUUGGAUUGCUGAUUGGAAGGUCGGCGGUUCAAAUCCGUGUGACGGGGUGAGCUCCUGUUGCUUUGUCCCAACUUCCGCCAACCUAGCAGUUCAAAAGCACACCAGUGCAAUUAGAUUAAUAGGUACUGCUGCGGUGGGAAGGUAAACGGUGCUUCUGUGCGCUCUGGUUUCCAUCACAGUGUCCCGCUGUGCCAGAAGCAUUUUAGUCAUGCUGGCCACAUGACCCGGAAAGCUGUCGGUGGACAAACCACCAGCUCCCUCAGUCUGAAAGUGAGAUGAGUGUCGCACCCCAUUAGUCACCUUUGACUGGACCUUGACCAUCCAGAAGUCCUUAACCUUUUUUACCUUAUAUCAUCACAGAAGUUUUAAAAUACAAUUUCAUAUGCAGUAACAAGCCUAAGUGGAUAUAACUAUUCCAGCCACCUGAUGUGAUAAGGUACCUGGGACAGGCUAACUGCCUAUAUUCCAAAUCAUGAGAUAGAUUUUUUUAACUAACUAUUAAGGCAUGAGAACAUGAUCUACAGAUGGAGAGCAGUAUACAAAUUUAAUAAUAAUAAUAACAAUAAUAAUAAUAAUAAUAAUAAUGGUUGGAAUCUUCAUUGGCUUUAGGUCUGUGAGCCAUGCAAGCUGUUUCCUUUCAAGUUGUUUUUUCCCCUGCAAUCCCACAUGUUUUGAAACAAAAAUGUAAGGUGAGAUUAUUAGAGUGCUAGGAAGAGCCUUCAGGCUAUGGAAAGAAAGUCACCUUGGAGAUGCAUUCUAUCCAACACAUUAUAAAAGAAUAUGGUAGAGUGAAUUUUUAUAAGCAUUUGUUGUACUUCAGUGCCAGAUUUUGGUAAUCCAUGAGGAUGUAUUAGCAUUAGUUUUGCACUGUUGAACUGACACGGUUUUUCUCCUUAAGCGAUGGCGAGAUCCCAUGUUUUGUGAAAGUAUUUUACACUGUGUACUGUAUUGCUUGUCUGAACUGAGAUAACCCUGUAGUGACACACAGAGCUGUAACUUGAAGCAGCCUGUAUAUUUGUUGAGUUUUGAAAAUAUUAGAUUUAAAUUUGAGUUACUUAGAACUUUAUAUCUUGCCAGCAUGCAAUUUUUCACCUUUUUAAUUAAAGUGAGGUACACAGUAUAUAGGUUUAAAACAAGUUGUCAGAUUUUAAUGAGCUUGCUAAAAUGUAUUAUUCCUACUUGCUUUUUACACCUCUGUGGCACACUUAACUGUACUUUGAUGCUAUUUCCUGAAGAUAAUUUGCAAAGUUAAACAAGCAGCUAAUUCAGUAUCAUACUUCUUAGGCUUUGUUUCUCGGGACUAAUCCUUUGAGAAUAGUUGCUUUAUAGUAAGUAAAAAAAUAAACUAAAAUAUUUUUUGUAGUAUUAGCUGUUGGCUUAAAGCACCUCAUUGGAACUAUUCCCUAACUAUUUGUUGAACAUGACAUUCCUGUCUCAAAGUUAACUCAUUUAUACUGUAAUCCAGUAUACGGUAAUGUAUACAGUAUAAUGUAUACAGUAUAAUGUAUACAGUAUAAUCAUUAUACUGUAAUUUAUACUGUAAGAUUGCCGGAAGAAAUAUCAACAACCUCAGAUAUGCAGAUGACACAACCUUGAUGGCAGAAAGUGAGGAGGAAUUAAAGAACCUUUUAUUGAGGGUGAAAGAGGAGAGCGCAAAAUAUGGUCUCAAGCUCAACAUCAAAAAAACGAAGAUCAUGGCCACUGGUCCCAUCACCUCCUGGCAAAUAGAAGGGGAAGAAAUGGACAGCAGUCACGAAAUUAAAAGACGCCUGCUUCUUGGGAGAAAAGCAAUGACAAAACUAGACAGCAUCUUAAAAAGUAGAGACAUCACCUUGCCAACAAAGGUCCGUAUAGUAAAAGCUAUGGUUUUCCCAGUAGUGAUGUAUGGAAGUGAGAGCUGGACCAUAAAGAAGGCUGAUCGCCGAAGAAUUGAUGCUUUUGAAUUAUGGUGCUGGAGGAGACUCUUGAGAGUCCCAUGGACUGCAAGAAGAUCAAACGUAUCCAUUCUUAAGGAAAUCAGCCCUGAGUGCUCACUGGAAGGACAGAUUGUGAAGCUGAGGCUCCAAUACUUUGGCCACCUCAUGAGAAGAGAAGACUCCUGGAAAAGACCCUGAUGUUGGGAAAGAUGGAGGGCACAAGGAGAAGGGGACGACAGAGGAUGAGAUGGUUGGAUGGUGUUCUUGAAGCUACCAGCAUGAGUUUGAUCAAACUGCGGGAGGCAGUGGAGGACAGGAGUGCCUGAUGUGCUCUGGUCCAUGGGGUCACAAAGAGUCGGACACGACUAAACGACUAAACAGCAACAACAACUGUAAUCCUAGAGUGUGUUGUGCAAUGGUGGCAGAGAAUUACAAAUAAGUAUUUGUAAUAUACACUGUAGACUAUUAUAUUCAUGACUUCUUUGAUUAAAGGCUUGGCUUAGAGAUACUAGCAGGCCUUGCAAUAAAACUACAAAGCAAUUUGCACUUAAUCUUACAGAGGAAAUUAGGUGAAUUGCUCAAGAUUGUUUCUUUAAUACCUAACAGGAAGUUUAAUUUUUCAUCUCUUACAUAUUAAGAUCUAGUUAGCACUAUUUAAUCCAAAAAUGUUAAUGGUUUCCAGCAUGAUGGGCAAAUCUAGUAAACUAUAUCGAAACCUGGUGUUGUUUUAGCCCAAAGGUUAUACAGUGGUACCUCGGGUUAAGUACUUAAUUUGUUCUGGAGGUCCAUUCUUAACCUGAAACUGUUCUUAACCUGAAGCACCACUUUAGCUAAUGGGGCCUCCUGCUGCUGCCGCGCCGCUGGAGCACAAUUUCAGUUCUCAUCCUGAAGCAAAGUUCUUAACCCGAGGUACUAUUUCUGGGUUAGUGGAGUCUGUAACCUGAAGCGUAUGUUACCUGAAGCAUAUGUAACCCGAGGUACCACUGUAUGUUGUUUCUGCCAGAGACCGUAGAAAUAAUAGAUUUGUCCUUUGCAUUAGAAAUUCAUUUUUUAAAGGAUGAUGUCCUGAAUAUGAAAAUUGGCAUUGAUACCCAAUACUGUUAUGGAAUGUAGUGCUUAGAGGAUCAAUGCGCUAACUAGGCUUUAGGAAGGAGGCAGGAGAAGUCUAGGAACCUGACAGAGUCCUCAAGCCUCCUUCCCAAAGUCCAGUGCCUCACUUACCCAGCUUUGGGAAGGCACCGUGAGGGCUGGAGCAUCCAAAGUUGCUGAGGGCCGCCAGAAAAGGGAUUGAGGGCUGCAUGCAGUCUGAGAGUCGUGUCGGACCACUCUUGGUUAGACUAUUAGACUAAAACCUGGAACAGGGGUCAGCAAACUUUUUCAGCAGGGGGCCAGUCCACUGUCAUUCAGAGCUUUGGGGGGGGGCUAUAUUUUGGGAAGAAAAAAAAUCCAAUGCCCCACAAAUAACCCAGAGAUGCAUUUUAAAUAAAAGCACACAUUCUACUCAUGUAAAAACAUGCUGAUUCCCGGAUCGUCCGCGGGCCGGAUUUAGAAGGUGAUUGGGCCAGAUCCGGCCCCCGGACCUUAGUUUGCCUAGCCAUGACCUGGAACACCUUCAAAUCUUCAAUCUGCCUUGAAACUCACUGGGUGACCUUCAGCCAGUCACCAUCUCUCAGCCUAACCUAACUCACAGGAUUGUUGUGAGAAUAACUUGGAUAGAGUGGCACCUUGAAGGAAAUGUGGAAUAUAAAUGUUAUAAUAGUAAGAUAUUUUUAGAUGUAUUAAAUAUGCUUUUAUUGUAUUUUAAUUAGUUUUAUUUUAAUCACUGAUGCCUUUGCUGCUGUGUGCUGCUUUGAAAAGAAAGGCAGGAUAUUAGUGUAUUAAAGUUAUAAGAAUUUUGCAGAACAUACAUGUUUCUCCCAACUGUUUGGCCUUCUUAAGGGGUUUGAAGAUAUGUAUCAAUGAGGGUGUGCUCCGAACUUGUUAUAGAUUUGAGUGCUGAUAGAAUCAUAGAGUUGAAAGGGACCCCAUGAGUCAUCUUAAUUCAACCCCCUCCAAUGCCUCUCUCUAAAGUCUAAACAGUCUGUUACUUCUUACUCUGCAUGAACAGGAAGUGGUUUAAGCCAUUUGCCCUUUUAAUAUGGCUGUUUUAAGUGAGGGCAAAGCUAAGCAAAAAGAGACUUGCAACACAACUGGCAAUUAUUAGCUCUCCAGAGACUAACAUCUAAGCUAGAUUUGAAGAAAUGGAGCAGUACUGAAUGAAAAUUGGACUGCAUGCUAGGCAAUCAUUCCUUCUUGCCUCGUGUCACAGAAGAAAGUGUUGUUGUCACCCUUGGCCAAUUAAAGGGUUGGCUGACCAUUGUACUUGAUACCUUGAAUUUAAAUAAAAUACUUUCUCUUCAAUGUUAAGAUUUGUUAGUAAUUUUAUGAAAGCUUCAAACCCAUUCACAUCUGUCGACAUGUCAAGAUUACUGAAAAUGCAUGCACUUUUUAAACAGAGGUAGGUGUAAAAUUUCUGGCAUGGCUAAUCUUAGGAAAUUGUAUUGCUUUCUUAAAAGCAUAUAAUCUCAUCCCUGUAUUUAUUCUCAUGAUGUUACCUUUAUGUAUUAAUCUAUGCUUUUAGAAAUAUGGUGCCAACUUUUUUACAUCUGUAUUUUCUCCUAUACAGAUUAUUGCUCAGUGAUAACCAUUGUGGACCAAUCGGAUGCCAAGCUGAUAUGUUCACUUUUUAAUGUAAACAGAGAUGCCCUUCCACAAAUCUACAAAAAUGGUGACAUUGUUCGAUUUCACAGAAUAAAGGUACCUUUGCUGUAUUUACCAUUCAUUGUAGAGAGGUAUCCAUUUCUGUUUCUUCAGUUUUUGUCAUCAUAUUUAUCAUGGACUUCUGAUACUGAAGGUUGGUCCUUUCACAUAUCAGGUUAUUUGGUGCAUUUCCAAACACAGACCAGGUUCUUUUACAUGCUGCGGAAGAUGGAGGAGACUUAGGUAGGUAAGAAGCAAGAGGAGCUAGAGGAUUUGUUGCACAAAGAGGUCUUUGCAACCAUGUUUCAGGAAUGCUUGGCAGGGAAUCCCAGUCUGUAUUCCUUGGCCAGAUACCCAAAUAUAUUCUGUAUUCUAAAACAUUUGAAGGUACCUUCCCAACAUCAAGCCCUGAGCAUCCUGUUUGUUUUGUAAUCCGAUCAAAUGCAGAAGCAGUGCUACCAUCAGUUGCAUUUCUGCCUUGGAAUCUUGGAUCCAACAGAUUUGCCCCAGUUUGAAUUGGAUUAGGCAAAAUUAGGCUGGUUUGUUUAAUCUCCCAGUCCUUUAGGUUCAGAAACAGAUACACCAAAUAUGUCAAUGAGAGGAAAGUCACAAGCAAGGAAGGCAUUGAACCCUUCUUCCUUCUCUUGUGACAGCACCCUCCCAAGCAGUAGAGGUACAUCUUGCUUUCGCAAUUUAGAGUUGUACUGUGUGUAGCGUUAUAAUACAGGAAUUAUAAUGAGCUGAUAAAGUGCAGAGUCUUAAGUCCCCACUUAUGCCGUGAUUACGUUCUGGGCCCCUGUGCGCAUAAGCGACAAUUGCAUAAGUGGGGAGCGCCCUCUAAAAAGCCUGUAAACACCCAUAUUUCCUGCUCUCCAUCUCUCUCUCCUGCUCUCUCUCUAAUCCAGACCAAAAUAGCUAGAGUUGAAGUUCUAGGGCCAGCUGGAGGGCGUGUAGAAAAGUGGCUGUGGCAGCUGCUGUGCUACCCCAUGCGCCAGCUGUUAGGCGGGGAAGCUGAGCAGCCUAAACAAAACUACACUGCACCUCAGGGGCUUCCACAUUGAGGCUUCUUUCACCUUCACUGGUGCCCUCUUCAAGCCCUGGGGUGGGUCUUCUCGUGAGCCACAAGGAUUCCAGCACUCUCCUGCCAUUUCCUGGUAUGAAUUCCUAUCCAUUAAUUUAUUUCCCGACGCACAAGCCAAUGGCGUGUAAGUGUAUGUAUACAGUUUCAGAAAUCCCUUUCCUCAUCAUUCUAAAAUAAAGUACAGUGGUACCUCGGGUUACAUGUGCUUCAGGUUACAUACGCUUCAGGUUACAGACUCCGCUAACCCAGAAAUAGUGCUUCAGGUUAAGAACUUUGCUUCAGGAUGAGAACAGAAAUCGUGCUCCGGCGGCAGCAGGAGGCCCCAUUAGCUAAAGUGGUGCUUCAGGUUAAGAACAGUUUCAGGUUAAGAACAGACCUCCGGAACGAAUUAAGUACUUAACCCGAGGUACCACUGUAUUUCAUAAUAAUAAAAAAUCCACUUUAGAAAAAGAGAAAGACUUGGAGGGAAGUGGGGGAGGAAAAGAAACACUGCACCAACCCUAACCCUUCCAUUCCUAUAACAUUGGAUAUAACCCAGAAUUUAAGGCACAAUGAAAGAAAACGCAAAUUUGUUUUGUUGCUUUUAAAUGGCAACAAAUGUUGAGCACUUUUAAAGCAGGGUGCUACACUUCAUUUUUCUGUUCCGUUAUUGUUCACAUAUUUUGUGUUCUUUAUGAGAGAAGCAAAACAUUUACAAUAAAUUGAGUUCCACCCAUUAGCUCAACCACAAUUGUUUGUUUGAGAGCAUGUGGAAAGCAGAAAAAUAUUUGCCAGCUUUCCUGCUGUGUUUCUAAAUGUGUAGCUUUGGUCACUUCAAGGCAGUAGUAUCUGGGUGAGUAUCUUGCAGCCAUUUAUCUGAGAAUACAAUUUAGCUGCGGUCAGGGUUCAACUGGCAGCCAAAUUUAGAAUAGUAAAAUUUAAUUAAGCUACUUAAAUAUUAUAGUUUUAAGCUGCCUAAGUAAAUUAUAAUUUUCCUUCUUUUCAGUGCCUGAAAGUUACACGUAAAAUAUCUGCCCAUUAUUUCAGUUAAUUAAUGUGCUUCCAAGGCAAAAUCUUUUUUUCUGUAAUAGAAUUUCUUCUUAUCCCAUUAUCACACAUGAUCGUAAAUCGCAAUUAGAGUCAAACGUUCCAUUUUUAAAGGUACCUAGAUUGGAGUGUUAUUUAGUAUGAUUUUAAAUGUAUAGGUUUAAAUAUGUUAAUCCCAAUCUAUUGAGAAAGUUUCAUUUUCUUGGAUUCAGAACAUUCUUCUUGCAAUGAAAAAUAAAAGGUUUACUUUGUCUUUAGUACAUAUAUUUUGGAAUGUCUUGUAAUAAUUUUUUUUUUAAAGCCUGUGCAGUCGUACCUUGGUUCUCGAACAGAAUGCGUUCUGGGAGUCCAUUUGACUUCCGGAACUGUUCAAAAACCAAGACGCAGCUUCCGAUUGGCUGCAGAAGCCAUGCCAGAUGUUCAGCCUCCGAAAAAUAGUUCAAAAACUGGAACACUCCCUUCCAGUUUUCUGUCUUUCAGGAGCCGAAACGUACGACUUUCAAGGCGUUCAGCAACCAAGGUACAACUGUAUUAGCUGUGCUGGCUUGGUUGUGGGUUUGACUGCAUGAGUUGUCCCUUCGUUUCAGUAAAUUCUGUAAAAUGCUUAACAGUAGCACCAUAGAUUGGUAGACCAUUGGCCCAGCUUGCUCAAUAGGGUCUACACUGGCAACAGUUUCCCAUGCUCUCAGACCAAAGUCUCUUCCAACCCUACCUGGCGCUGGGACCUUUUGCAUGCAAAUCCCUGAGCUAUGUUUCUUUCUGUUAAGUUCAUAAGGCACAUGUAAUUGAGAUGGCAUCCUUUAGCGGCGAAAAUUGCAAGCUGCAAAGUCCUUGGUUAAUAUAUUGCCUCAGCUCUGACCUUGCUAGCCUUAGGGAAACUGCGCUCUCUGAACCUAUAAUUAUUUCUCUUUCAAAGCUAACAGGGUUCUGUUCUGCUCCCAUCAACUUCUCAAAAUAUAACUUAGCAUUUUCACCUGUAUAAUAAAUUAAGUUUUAGUGUUUGUGUGUGGAUAUUCCACUUUAAAAGCACCAGCACCACAGUAGUUUUGGGGGGGGGGUGCAUUUUUUUGCUGCUAUAUCAAAACAAACGUAUGUUCUGGCCUGUGCCAAAAACAAAUAAAUCACAAAGCACUGCAGGGCGUCUAUUAUACCCCAGAAGUAAAUUUUACCUUAUGGGUUUAAUUCUGCUCCAGGUUGCUUUACCUUGAUACAUGAGUUAGUAUUUUGCCGCUGCAAAUUUGCUGCACUGAUUUCUUAUGUGCAAUGUGGGGGAGGCGGGUUCGGGGACAAGAGUUUAUUAGGCAUGGGGUUGCCAGUGUGACCAUUGGUCCAUCUUGCUCAGUGUUGGUCCAUCUUGCUCUGCACUGACUAGUAGUAGCUCUCCAAAGUUUCAGACAGGGGUCUCUCCCAGCCCAAGCUGAAGAUGCCAGGGAGUGUCUGCCAUCUGUGCCGCAGUAACCACUAGGGGAAAGGUAAAGGGACCCCUGACCAUUAGGUCCAGUCGUGACCGACUCGGGGGUUGCGGCGCUCAUCUCGCUUUAUUGGCCGAGGGAGCCGGCGUUUGUCCACAGACAGCUUUCCAGGUCAUGUGGCCAGCAUAACUAAACCUCUUCUGACGAACCAGAGCAGCGCACGGAAACACCGUUUACCAUCCCGCCGGAGCGGUACCUACCAUAUUUUUCUCCCUAUAGGGUUCACUGGCCCAUAGGGCACACCUAGUUUUUUGGGAGGGGAAAUAAAGAAAAAAAUAUUAUUUCCCCCCCCCCCAGGCGCAGGGCGGGGGAAGCCCAAGCUUCCCCCGACCCCAGCCCCCAGAACAGGCUGCUAUCCGCAAGCCUUGGGAGCCCGGCAGGAACUCCCGCCGGGCUCCCAAGGCUUGCGGAUAUCUGCCCGAAGCCCAGGGUGCGCUGCUUGGCGCGCCCCAGGCUUCGGGAUGCAGGCUGCUAUCCACAAGCCUAGGGAGCCCGGCGGGAACUCCUGCCGGGCUCCCAAGGCUUGCGGAUAGCUUCCUGAAGCCAGCGUUCGCCCCAUAGGAUGCACACACAUUUCCCCUUUAUUUUUGGAGGGGUAAAAGUGCGUACUAUAGGGCGAAAAAUACGGUAUUUAUCUACUUGCACUUUGAAGUGCUUUCAAACUGCUAGGUUGGCAGGAACAGGGACUGAGCAAUGGGAGCUCGCCCCGUUGUGGGGAUUCGAACCGCCAACCUUCUGAUCAGCAAGUCCUAGGCUCUGUUGUUGAACCCACAGUGCCACCCGUGUCCCAACCGCUAGGUUAGAUUACUGCAAUGCAUGAUACGUAGGGCUGCCUCUGAAGACAGUUCGGAAACUUCAGCCAGUGCAGAAUUCAGCUACGACAUUGCUCACCAGGGCAAGACGGUAUACACUGUUCCUGGCUCAACUGUACUGGCUGCUAAUUAGUUCCCGGGCCCAAUUCAAAGUGCUGGUUCUGACCUAUGAAGCCUUAGGUGGCUGAGGACUGCAAUACCUCAAGGACCACUGCUCUCCAUAGGAACUGAUCUGGACCUUGCAAUCAUCCUCUGAGGCCCUUCUUCGUGUGCCUUCUCCACAGGAGAUCCUGAGAAUGGCAGCACAAGAACUGGCCUUUUCUGCAGUGGCUCCCUGUUUGUGGAAUGCUCUCCCUGAAAUUUGGCUGGCGCUUUCAUUAUACAUAUUUAGGUGCCAGGCAGAAACUUAACAUCCGCUACCCUCUUAAAUGUGUUGGGGGAUGGUAUUGUUUUGUCUUGUUCUUGUUUUUAUUAUGUAUUUUCUCUUUUUUAUAUUGCAUUUCUAUGCUGUGAACCGCCCUGAGAACUAUGAAUGAAGGGCAGUAUACAAAUUUAAUAAAGAAAAACUAAAUUGGGACCAUCUACAUGCAAGGCAGCUUUUACUGAGCUAUGACCUUCCCCUGUAAUGCUUAUUAAUUUCAGUAGUGCACUGGGCUCCUUUGGGAAGGGAGGACAGGAAAGAAAAUUGCAGUAAGGGAAUUGUGCAAACUCUGAGUGGGUUUUGACAAGCGUCUUGAAAGGAGAAGAGAUGUAGCUCUACACACGUGUCUAGAGAGUCAGUUCGAACCAGGAGGCAGCAAAAGGGGGCAAUUUAUUUCAAAUCUUAUUGUUGCAAAUAAAUACAUAAAGCUGAUGAAACAAGACUUUGCUUUUUCUUAGUCUGUAUACACUCCUGAGCGGUAAUAGAAUAUAUUGCUGAAGUCAGCUGAAGAAUCAGAAGCUACCCAUUUAUCACAGCUUCACAAUAUUUGUUAGAGAAGCUGCUUUUUGUUUUUGUUUUUAACUAUGUCAGAGAUUGGGAGUAAGGGAGAGAGUUUACCUAGUUUACUUUACCUAGGAGUUAAUUAAUUUUAAAACUGCUAUAUUUCUUUGAAUAUCAUCUUUGAUACUUUUUUUUUGAAAAAUUAAAAUAUUCUGAUCAUUUGUUUAUUAGAAUGGUCAUGUUUGAGUCAGGAAUGUCAGCCUUCUGAAGCUUAGGCACCCCUAGUAAUAGACACACAUUUACUUGGGACCAGCUCACCAACCAUUCUGUACUAUCCAGCAAAUGACCUUCAUGAAAUACUCCUUACCGUCUAUUUGAAGUUUGAAUAAACUUCAACGAGUUCACACCAAAUAAGUUAGCAGUGUUUUCAUUAGAGUCACAUAUGUUCAAAUUAAGGUUGGGACUAGGUAAAAAAGUAAAGGACCCCUGAAAUGUUAAGUCCAGUCAAAGGCAACUAUGGGGUUGCGGCGCUCAUCUCGCUUUCAGGCCAAGGGAGCUGGUGUUUGUCCACAGACAGCUUUCCGGGUCAUGUGGCCAAACCAUGACUAAACCACUUCUGGCACAACGGGACACCGUGACGGAAGCCAGAGUGCAUGGCAACGCCGUUUACCUUUCCUCCACGGUGGUACCUAUUUCUCUACUUGCACAGGUGUGCUUUCAAACUGCUAGGUUGGCAGCAGCUGGGAAAGAGCAAUGGGAGCUCACUCUGGCACGGGAAUUCAAACCGCCGACCUUCUGAUCUGCAAGCCCAAGAGGCUCAGUGGUUUAGACCACAGCGCCACCUAUGUCCCCACCCGUUUGGGACUAACCUCCGGUUUGCAUGGGUUGGAUUCGACUUGGUGCACCCCAAGAAUCUUGGGCGGCAGAGCGCUUUGCCGAGCUCAUAUCUUGAAAGUUGAGAGUCAGACUUUUCAAAUACAUGCCUGUUACAAAACAAUGUGUUCAAAGAUGGAUGGACUGGCGUUCGUUGCUUUCUAAGCCAGUACAUGUCUUUCAUCUUGUAAUUUGCGAUAAUUAGUUCAAAUGCAUGUGAUAAUCAUCCUACAUAUUGGCUUUUCCCCCACUGAGUUCAAAAAGCAGUACACUUUUAUUUUUCCUUACGGCGUUGCCUUUUUGUUCUUGUCGCCUAGAUCAAAGAGUUCAGCGGGCAGUUGCAAGGGAUUAGCAGCAGUGGAUUUGCAGCACUUACCUUUGAUGGCACUGUAGGAACACCAGUGGUUCCUCGAACGUCCAGCAAAUUAUUCACAUUUACAGAUGAAGACAGAAAAACAAUAGAAGACUUGCGCAUUUGGGUGGCAUCUAAUCUUUUAAACUCUGCAGUCGCAGCAAAAUUGUCUGGCAUCCAGCCGCCUAUGUAUUUUGAUCUCACUUGCCAGCUUGUAGGAAAAGCAAAACUCGACGGAUCUUCCUACCUUCUCAAGGUUUGCUGCUCUUCCCGCUCCCCCCAAAAUGUGUUAAUUCAAAAGCUCUUUCAUGUUAGUUUAAAGGCAGUAUGUUAUAACUAAUGCACAGUAAGUUUUCUCCCUUCUUAGCAGCACUGCCAAGAACCAAACAGUACUUACUUUUCCACUCCUAGAGCCUGCUAUAUUCGAAUCUUGACGUUGAAACUCUGUCGUUAGAUUGGUAUGGGAAAUUUAUAUGUAUCUGCUGGUUUUUGCACAUUUAACUUUCAAGUUCAUGCCUUCAAACUGUCCUGGGAAUGUUUGGCAAGGAGCAGAGGGAAUAAGGGAAAGAGCAUGGUGAUUCAGCUGACCUCUAGAGAGGCGUAUCCUUGGCCCCUAAGAAAAUGGUGGUGAACCUCUGUCUUGUAGGCCUAAUUCGGGCUGGAAUCCAAACCUCACCUGCAAACAGACAACUUCAGAGGGCCUUGCUUUGGUGCAAGUCAGCUGAUUGGCUUUGACAGCAAGCCCCUUUUGAAGGUAUCGCCUGACAGCCUAAUGACAUCAAAUGAUGGACAAGCGGGCAGCCCCUAACCACCUGUCAAAAAUAGCUGAAGAAGGAUGGCCAGUUUCUCAUCCAACCCUUGGACUGAGAAAAGGUUCCCAAACCCUACCCUAAGAGGAAUGGUUCAGCCAGCCAUGCUUUAUACGAAUAUAAGAAGCCGUAGUAUUUGUUUGCACUGACUGGCAGCAGCUCUCCAGGUUUUCAGUAAGGACUCCUACCUGGUGCUGCAAGGAGAUGGUAGGAAUUCAACCUGAGAUCUUCUGCAGGGAACACAUGUGCCCUGCCACUGAGCUAUCACUCUCCUUUAGCUUAAUGUGUGAAGUAUUUGAGCAGAACAAUUCGUUCUCCCAUCCACCACUCCCUUCUUCAAAUAGUUUGUAGGGCGGGCAAGCAUUGAUCCAGAUUGAAACCCUGGCGUAAGGAGAGGUACAUAGGAGUAAUCCUUUGUCUUCCAGUGCAGACUGGAUCAUGCAAUUAAAAUUGCAUUUGAAGGCCACGUGACUGGUGUAACAUGUAGUUUUCCCAUGAGAUGCUACAAAACAUCAGAUGCAUGCUACACCGUGGGUGACUGACCACAUUCAGUGCUCUGUUUCUGUAUUUUGGAACAUUAACCAGACACAUGCAGAAAUUUCAGCAUUUUCAGUGGUAAUAAGCCUCAUUAUUUGGACAUUCACCCAUACAUUUGAAAAUUUCAGUACAGUCAUACCUCUUCUUACGAACGCUUCAUGUUGCGUUUUUUUGGGUUAAGAACACGGCAAUAAAUAAUAAUAAUAAAAAGAACACGGCAAACCCGGAAAUGUUUACUUCCGGGUUUUGCCUCACGCGCAGAAGCAUUCUGCGUGGUUCACACAUCCGCAGAAGCGUUCUGUGCGGUUCGUGCAUGCGCAGAAGCGCUCUAUCACACUUCGCACGUGCGCAGAAGCACUGCUCUGGUUGCGGACUUUUCGGGGUGCAAAUGGCACCCCAGAAUGGAUUGUGUCCGCAACCAGAGGUACCACUAUAAAAGAUAAAUUAGUAAAGGAAUCCAGCGCUUGGCUCUUCAAACCAAAAGUUGUAAAGUACAAAGGAGGGGAGGCCAAAAUUUUGCUUUGCUGAAUGAUAACAAUGAUUAGAUUAUUAGGGUACUUAUGACAUUUGUGUCAAUGGAUAUUUUUAUUCUGAAAUUCACAAAUGACCAUUCCAAUGAAUAUGGGGGGGAAUCAAACAAGAUGCAGCCAGGGUUUUAUUAACUGCUGGGGUUUAUGUACUUUUUAAAGUAAAUAAAUUCAUAGGAACAAACAGCAGAAGAUAAAUACAGUUAUCUAAAAGAGGUAAUAAUUUUGGAGGCGGGACAGAGAAACCCAUGAAACCCGAUUAGUUAAUUUUUACUUCACAAACAAACUGAAGGUAAUGUGAUUAAAAGCUUAUUUUUCCUUGUGUCUGGUCACAUCACAGUGCUGGAUAGUCCUAUCACACUUUGUUUGAACUGGGAAAUUGAAAUAUUGUAAUGCUUAGGUAGGAGAUGACCUUCCCUUCCCUUUGAAAAUGCAACUUAUUAAAAACUGGAAUUAUCACUAGCAAGAUAAAAAAAAACGUGGUUGAAAAAAUAUUUUGCAGGUCCUUUCUGUAUAUAUAUUAUGCAUGUUCUAGUUAUCUCUUUGGCUUCAUUUUCAAGGUGAGAUCCUAAGGGCCAAGUGUUUCGUUCCAUGUGUUCACUGGAAGUUCUCGCCACCAAAAUUCUUUCCUGUACAAUCAUCUUGUAACCUAGAAAUAAGACCCUCAGGAACCACACAAGAGCCUUCAGUCAGAAGUUGAAAAUAGGGAGAUUUCCCAAACACUCAUGGAAGGGGGAGCACUUAAGGUCUGUGUUCACAGACAGCACAUACACACAUCUUUUUGAUUGGGCACAAUGUUCACAUCAUGACACUGUUUCUUUGCCUUUUGGCUAAGAUCAAGUGUGCUAUCAUAACCAGAUGAUGUCCAUUAUUUGGAUUGUUGGUCUUCAUGACUUCAUGACUCCAGAUCAUGACAAUCAAGAUCCAGAUUGUAGUAAGGGGAUUACAUAAAGCCAGUCUUUCCAAAAAAUGUAUUUAUUGUAUGAGGAAUGUUACAAUAGCAAUAAUAGCAAUUAUUUUUGUUGUUGUUGUUGUUUUAUUUAUACCCCACCCAUCUGGAUGGGUUUCCCAGGAAUAUUAAUAUUUUAGGAGCUUAUCACAUUUUGAGAAAUGCUACUUGAAUAGGUGAUUCAUUCAUUAUUUAAAACCAUUUAUAUUUCACUUUCAAACUAAAGAAAAAUGAUCAAUUAGUCAGCCAAGUCUUUGUGUAAUCUUGGUGCAUAAAAACCAGGAAAGUGCCAGAUGUAUCCUUUGGGGCCAGUCUUGCACCAGCAUUUUUAGAUCUCUGCUAGAGACGCCAGUAGUCGUCUUUGAUUCCACCCUGCUGCCAACACUGUUUUAACUCUCAGCACAGAGAGUUGGGGUGAAAUCUGGUGAAGCCAGAAUCUCAAAGCUCCUCCUGACCUUCACAAAAGAUAGUGAGAUCAGAAGGGCCAAUAAAACCUAUUUCUCCACCAUUCUGUGAUUAUAAGCACAGUUAGUUCAAAGUGAACUCAGUUGGCUUUGGUCAACCCUUUUAAAGCAAAUGUUCUUAGAAUUGCAGCCUUAAUCUAGAAAAAGAAAAAAGUGCCAGUUUUAAAAGGAGAAUGAAUUUUGUUUCAUACCAGGUAUGGGAUGGCACAAAAUGUCCCUUUCUGUAUUGGAAGGUGGUUGUUAGAGAAGAUGACUUUGAAGGCGACAGUGUUCUCAUUCAUCGACUAAGAAACCUGACAGUGGAUGUUGUCGUUUAUGAUAAUCAUGUCCAGUUGGCAAAAUCACUGAAGGUAAGUCCUCAGCAGUGCUUUACGUUAUGUGUGUGAUCUCACCAGAAGCUAGCUACCCAGCUCUAUAUUUAUUUAAAUUGUGUACUUUUAUCUUGUUUAAUCCUCCUAGCAAGCCAAACCUUCUAACCCACCCCCCGCCUGAAAAAGACUAAUUGCUUUAAUAUGCCACAAAUAAGUGGUCUCCUAAUUAAGCAGCUUUAUUCCAGAUACUGUGUGGUAUCAUGCAGUUGUGAACAUAUGCGAAAUGUCUUCCGUGACUUUAAAUUAUUUCUUGUAAAUGAAAUAAAACAUAGUUUAAUUUGUAGUCCCCAUUAUAAGCAAUAUUUUUAUACUCUUUAAAAGCCUAUUGCUCAUUAAAACUGCCAUUAAUAACUGUUUGAAUGUGCAGUCCACCAUUUCUUAAGUGGCUUUGCAAUAUUGAUAAUUUUCAAGGAACAAGAACAGUUUUAACUAACGUUGCUGAAGUGUAUCUUGGCAAUUUUGUGCUCAGCCCCCUGUCCUUAGUUGCUCUAACCUGCAGAGCUUAGUAUACUCCUUGAAGGCAUUUAGCCUGCGCCAGUAUGUCAAAUAGGCUAGAUCAAUUCUGGCUGCAUUUAGCCUGCGCCAGUAUGUCAAAUAGGCUAGAUCAAUUCUGGCUGCAAGAGAGAGGAGGCCCAACUUGGCUCUGAGGUCAGCUGCCAGUGUCCCACAGGGAAGCCCCCAAAUCUGACUCAUAAAUUUAUUUUGUGGGAUCUCUAUUUCAGAUUCAACACCAGUUCCCCAUAUCUCAGCCCCGUAGAGCGUUUGGGCCAUGAUUUUAGAGACAAAGCUCUUAAUAGCUGGGUUGAUUAAGCUGCCCGCCAUUUGAAUGGAAGAACCUAUAUAGCUGCCCAGUAGAAUGGCCAGAUAUUAGUUUAAUUGCUUCCAGGUGUGGUUUCCAUGAUGACUUCCCACCAAUAAGUAAUCCUAUAUAUUUAUAUCUGGGUACUUGUUCUAGGGUGUGACCAGUUCACCUGGACUUGGUAGUCCUCUUGCCAAAUACCACCUUGGUUUUAUCGUAGUUAAUUUUUAGUAGAUGCUCUUUUUUACACAACUGUCCAAAUUUAACCAGCAUCCUUUUAAAUCUGAUUUUGUUCUGAGAUAACAAAACUUAAGUCGUCGGUGUAGAACAGAUUUGGCACUUUACGAUUCCCAAGGGUGGGGGCAAAAAAGGAGGGGAUGCAAUAUCGGAUUAUUUAUAUAGUAAUUAAAUUGGAAGGGUGCCAGUAUACAUCCUUGUUUGACACCUCUGUUAGUUGGAAUUGCCUGUGAGAGGGCGCCUUGAAGGCCCAGUCUCACUUGCAUGAGGUCCCCUUGAUGCAGUUGUUGGAUGAGCCACAGAAGUCUUUUAUUGAUAUUUGAAUGGGCCCCCCAACUGGUUGUUCCAUAUAAAUACUUCCUAUGUACAGACUUUCCUUACAACUUAAUGCUAAGAUGCUUCUCAUUAUACAUUGUGCUCACCAUGUCAGAGCUCUAUAUUAAGAAUUCCCUGAGACCUGCAGGUAUAGGGCGGUAUAUAAAUUCUAUUAUUAUUAUUAUUAUUAUUACCAUUACUACUACCACUACAGUAAUAAUUCCAAACAUGGACGGAGAACGCUGGAAGGGAUAGAAAUUAUACAGCCCAAAGAAAAGCCAUUUGCCUAAGGCCCUGUCUUCUCCCAGGGCCUUAGGCAAGCUGCCCCAGUAGGCUCUGACAGUGCCACCUUGCCAAAAAAAUCCCCUGGCAUCAUCUUGGCAACUGCAUCACCCCCAUUAGGGUUACUGGGCAGGAGCAAGCAAGAACUUUAGAGCCCGUUGCUGAAAAGAGCCAGAGGGCUGCAGCGCUGCCUUUUUCAUUUGUCCGCAACUCCUCAGGGCCCUGACACAAUGUCACUGUUAGGGAACAGGGCUCAAGCCAUAGUGGGGCAGGCGAAUAAUAAUCAGUAGAAAAAAGGCAGUCACGGAACUGAGAAAUUGCACAAAACAAAUGAAAUACUGUGAAAAUCUCUGAAAUGCGAAGUAAUCGACUAGAAAUAUUAUCUUGUAGAAAUCAACUAAAUAAUAAAAAUCAAAAAGCUUAAGGGAAAAAAUUAGAAGAACCUAAAACAGAACAAAACCUUAACGGGAUGCCGGCUAGAAACCUCGUUUCACUGAACUAUUUCGUUUCCUCAGAAGGAAAUAAAAAAAUCAUAAACUUUAAAUGACCAAAAUUCAAACAUGGUCUAGAUACAGUGUUUCAGCCCUGUUUUUGUUGUUGUUGUUGUUGUUGUUUAGUCAUUUAGUCGUGUCCCGACUCUUUGUGACCCCAUGGACCAGAGCACGCCAGGCACUCCUGUCUUCCACUGCCUCCCGCAGUUUGGUCAGACUCAUGCUGGUAGCUUCGAGAACACUGUCCAACCAUCUCGUCCGCUGUUGUCCCCUUCUCCUUGUGCCCUCCAUCUUUCCCAACAUCAGGGUCUUUUCCAGGGAGUCUUCUCUUCUCAUGAGGUGGCCAAAGUAUUGGAGUCUCAGCUUCAGGAUCUGUCCUUCCAGUGAGCAUUCAGGGCUGAUUUCCUUCAGGAUGGAUAGGUUUGAUCUUCUUGCAGUCCAUGGGACUCUCAAGAGUCUCUUCCAGCACCAUAAUUCAAAAGCAUCAAUUCUUCGUCGAUCAGCCUUCUUUGUGGUCCAGCUCUCACUCCCAUACAUCACUACUGGGAAAACCAUAGCUUUAACUAUACGGACCUUUGUUAGCACCCUGUUUUUAAACCUUUUUGUAAAAGCAGUACUAGAAUUUUCAUAGUGGGGCAGGCGGGCAUAAAGAUAGCAAACAUUUGCAGCUGCCAAGCUCAGUACAGUAAUACCUUGGUUCUCGAACGGCUUAGUUGCCGAACGCCGCAAACCCGGAAGUAAGUGUUCUGGUUUGCGAACGUUUUUCAGAAGCGAAAUGUCCGACGCAGCUUGAGUGCAGGAAGUGCAGGAAGCUCCUGCCGCCAAUCAGAAGCUGCGCCUUCGUUUUCAAAUGAUUUCGGGAGUUGGAACGGACUUCUGGAACAGAUUAAGUUCAAGAACCAAGGUCUUACUUUACUUCCCUUUCCAGUGCCAGAAUCUAAUGUUCAGUACAGGAUGUGUGCAUCAGCACCAGUGAGCUAUGCCAGUUGCUUAUGCUAGAUGUCUUGCUCUACUUAUUGCUUCAUUUAGCAGGAGGUAGUGUUUCUGCUCCCUCCAGCCUUUUCUGCUUCUUCUCGGAACAGGACAUGGUUCUUGCAUGGUAGCAAGCCUCCGUCAUACUCUUGUGUUGCUUUUCCAAACUGGAAUAUACAUGUUAAACUGUUUUCCUGAACAAAGGCCACAGCCAUAGGGGUGGUUUUUAACCUCUUUUCUGCAUUUGAAAUUUCUUCAGGAUUGAGUUGCUGUGUAAAUUGUUGGUCAAAUGGCAGGUGACUCUAUUCAAUAGCAUCAUGUUCAUUUUUGCAGUAACAGCUGGAGUUUGGAAAUGGUGGUUUAACGUAUAAAUCUGCUUUGUGCUUUCGUGCUGCCACAAAGACAAUAGCGACGUCUGUAUGAAAAUGACAUGUUUAAUUUUAUUUUUAAAUUAUACAUAUUUGAAAACUCGGUGCUCAGUGUGAAGGCACAUAAGAAGCAUAAAACAUGGGAAAACUGGGUGGUGGAAGUACAUUAUGUUUCACUUAAUAACAGCAUAGUGUGAAAUUUAUAUCGCUGUGUUCCUGCCAACAGCAGUUUGUCUUAAAACACUGCAUAUUUUUUCCCUUGAAUGCAAUACAAAACUUUAAUUUCACUAAAUUGCAUGCUACUUGAAUGGUAAAUUAUGUUUCUGCUUUUUAUUUGCUACUGAUGAAAAUAGGUUAGUGGUAUUGAUGACUAUAUUUACAUUUCAGGCCUUGUAUGUUUUCCAGCCUCAUGUUGCAUGGCACCCGGAUAUGCUGUGCACCAGAAUAAUACUUAUUUGUUUCAGUAUUUGUAGACCAUGCAUCAGCAUAUGCUCAUACUGAAUACAGAUGUUAGUAUUUAUUCAUCACUGAUAACGGCCAGUUGUAGCCAGCACCCUCCCAGUCCUAUCCCAGACAGCAAGGCCAAUAGUCAAGGGUGAUUAGAUUUGUGGUCCAUUACAUCUGGAAGACCUCUCCAGUCUUUUUGGCCUAGCAGGCCCAUUUUGAGUUUUCAGAAAAUGUGGGCUCCACUCACAAAAUAGCUGCAGUAGGGAUGUGGCCCUGAUGCAACAUGGGGCAUGGCAUAGUACAAAAUGAAAGAGAAGGCACCAGACAACCUCCAUGGGAAUUCAGCUGUGUCCUGCUGGUUCUAAAUGUGGAGAUCGCACAAUAUUAUCAUAGAAUUAUAGGGUUGGAAUGGCCAUCUGGGCCAACUUCCUGAAAGGCAGGCGUCUCAACUAAUGCAUCCAUUCCUCACCCACCCUGCAACGGUCUGUGGCCAUUCCAUGCCCACUGAGUGCGCUCAGUCCUUCAACUGUUUUGCGUGCAUGAGUUCCCCCUUUUUGGUUUCUGCCAAAGAGAACAUGGCUGGCUGGCUGGAGCAGCGAUCCUGCCAAGUAUACUCCACACUGCCAAAUUUUGUUUGACAUCCCACUUAAUGUAACUGUAGUAACAACCUGAGCUAACUCUUCUGCCUGGCAUUUGUACAGAAUAGCACUGGUGGUUAUUGUCUUUGCAUCCAACCCAAUUUUUAUAUGGAUUUUUAAACAUAAAACUAGCUUGAUUUUGUGUGGGUGGGUGUAUGGAGACUCAUGAUUAGAAUUUGCUCUUUACAAACCAGAAGUAUACAAUGCUGCCCUCCAACGGAAAAUACUUACAUUGCACAUACUGUUACAUGACUACAGCCUCUGCUGAUUUGCUGGGCUGUUAUGAGAUGGUGAACAUUUAAAAAAAAAAAAAACUGAUUGCAUCAGCUUUGCUUAAUUAGAUGGAAACAAGACAUAGCAAAAAAGUUAUAUACAAAACAUGUAUUUCUAUUAGAAAUAAAAUAUAAUUUUAUUAUUUUAUAGUUUGAACUAUUAUUCUUUAAUAAUUGUGAAUUCUCAAUGUUGCACAGCAAGUAUCUUCCGAAACUGAGUGGAGCUUCAAAAGCAGUUUUUGUUGUGGGGCCUCUACUAUUUAAAAAAGGGGAGGCAUUAAAAUGGAGUGCUGGAUGUGAUUAAAGAAGCUCUUCAAUUACUUAUCCAUCUCCUGGAAAAAGUAAAGAGCAGCCAGGCCAGCAGAUUCCAGUUAGGCUCCAGAAGGCCAAGUCCCCACCCUGUAAGAGCAACAACCUCCUGCUGCAGACCCCUAAAGGAGGGCAGAGCAACCAAGCCUUUUCUCAAGGGCCCAACCAGGCCUGUUUUUAGAACUUUGAGCAGUCUGCUUCCACCCCGGUUGAUUAAUAUGAGAAGCUGGUAACAUAAGUUUGCUUGAUUUAAUCUUCCUUUCUCUCCCCUUUUUUUAAGAUUGCACUAGUUGGUGGUUACCAGUUAAAUUGAUGUGUAAGCUGUUUGGGGAGCCUUUCUGGCUGAAGAGUCCGAUAUAAAUGCUUUGAAUGAAUGAAGUUUUAUAGGCUAGAGUCCAGAGGAUUACUUUGCCAUGGUAGCAAACAUGGUGCCUCCUACCACCACCGGUUUUGUUGAAUUACAGUGCCCAUCCUGACCGUUGGACCUGUUGUCUGAGGAUGAUCAGAUGUUGCUGAGCUACAACUCCUGCAGCUUAUCCUGCAAAGCCCAAAAGUUUCAGGGAGAUUAUCUCCACUUUCUAUGCACCAGUAGGACUUCAACCUCCCUUGCCCUACUGAGUGACAGAAACCUAUGCCAAACUGCUUAUGAAGUCCCCCUUUGCUUUUAGAGAUGUUUGCAUGCCACAAGGGGGAAAUGCUACAUUUAGUUUGCAUCCCUUUCACACAUGGAACUAAUUGCAUGGUUCUUUGCCUCAGAGACAUAGAUUUUGAUAGAGGCAGACCUCUCUCUUUGAGUUACGCUGCCAUAAGAUGUACUUUAAUAACAUUGCUGCAAACUUCCAUUUUCAAGGCCUGCCCGGUAGCUAUAAAGAUCACCCUUUAAGGAUAUUUAUUUUGUUCUACCGCAGCAAUUGUCCAUAAAGUAGGAUUUUGGAGUAAAAAAGGCCAGUUGCUCAAAAUCCAAGCGUCCUAAUUUUUAUGUGGUUUUAUCUCUGCGAGGCAGGGCGUUCUGCUCUCACUGAAAUGCAGGAAGUGUCUGUGAUACAUUCACACCAUCUAAUGGAUGUUAAAGGAAGCAGCAGUAGCUUUGAGAGAGAUCCCUUGGCAUGGUGCUAAAAGAAAAAGGGGGAUAUUCACCUUUAUUUAGGUGACUAAGAAUCCAUCACAACAAUAAACAUCUCCAGUUAAUUAAUGCAAUUCCGAGUAAAUAAAUGUUUACUACACACCACCCCUGACCAUUGGCCUUGCUUGUCCAACAACAACUAGAGGACCAUGGGUUCCUAUAGGAACUGUUGGAAGCUGACUUGAGAGAAGGAAGUUGAAUGAAAAUUGAAUGAAAAAUUAGCAGACAGCUGCUUGAUACAUAAAAGACAGGGCCCUUUCUAUUGUUGCACCCUGGCUGUGAAUCUUAUCCACAACCAUAGAGAUUCGGUUGGUCCUUUCUUCUUUAAGUUUUAGGUGAGCUUUUAUUUUGUUUAACUGACUGUCUACUGUGGGGUGAAAAUUCUGCACCCCUGUUUUUAUACUGAGUUGUUUAAUCCUGGUCCUAGUUUUAAUAUGCAAAAUCAAUUUUAGUAAUUUGAACUGUUUUAUGGUGUGCUAAUGUAUUUUACGUUUCUUUUUUGUAAGCUAUUCUGAGUUUAUUUUCUAAAGGGUGGUGCGAUAUAAACUCAUGUGGUAUUCUAUUUUAUUGAUGUGCUGGUUUUGAACAAAAAGUUCUGAAAGCAAUUUGUAUGCUAAAAAGGAGACCACAUGUUCAGAAAAGUUGUCUCUGGCACAGUGCGAUCUAGUUGCACGGCAUCAUCUUCCUUAACUCUCUUUUAUAGAUGAAAACAACGAGUCUUGCUUUGCCUUCUGAAAUAACUGUUUUAUAUAUUUCAAGGUUGGAAGCUUUAUUAGAUUGUACAGUUUGCAUGCAAAAUUCCAAAGUCCGGAAGAUGAGCCUGAUGUUUCAUAUCUACAAUUUCAUCUUCAUGGUGGUACCACGUACGGCCGUGGCAUUACAAGCCUGCCAGAAGGCCACGCUGAUGUUGAGGAUUUAAAGAAGUAAGUAAAUAGAAUCAAGAUAGGGUUGUGCCAUAUGCCUAGAAUUUCCCGGACAUAGCUGGAAUACUGCAGUCGGAAGCAGUGUCCAAGCAGAAAUCACAAAAGGGUCCCAGGAAAUCUGGACGUAUGGCAACCCAUGUUGCUUUUGACGAUUUCCCUAAAUUGCUCAACAACUUUGGCAACCCUAAUUCAAGACAGAUGUCAUUUGGAAGAAGAGUAGGGAAUGAGAGAAGUCCUUCAUGUUACUAAUGGUCAGCCUUUGCUUCCGAGUAAUCUGAGUGAUGGUUACUUUUAAACUCUAUACGCAUGUUAUACUAAAGAAUCAAUACGCAUAAGAGUCAUUGUUGUGGUAUGAUUGUGCAUAGAAUAAAAAUCAAGCAGCAUUAAGGAACCACAGAAAAAUAGCUGUGUUUCAAGGCCCUGUCUUUUAGGGGGAUACUACCAUUUUACCAGCGCAUGCCAGUACUACUUUGUAUUUAUAAAACUCAAGUCCAGCAGCGCUAACAAUCUGGCUGUAUUAGCAUGUGAAUUCAGGGAGUCAUUGCAGCAUGUUCAAAUUCUGUUAUUGAACAUGGUCCCAUCGCAAUGGAAUGAGAAGCGCAAAGUAGAUUUCAUCUGAGUUAAACAAAAUCCCAUCUACAAGGCCAUUUAUUUGUUUACUUCUGUGUUUUGAUUAUUUUCUUCAAAACCUUUUUCAUUUUCAGAUUCCUGAACUCUGUAGACUUGAUGGAAGAUGAGUCUUCAGAAAGUCCUUCAGAACCCGAGAAUGCUUACUUUACAUGUAAAUAAACUUGAAAACAACACUCAGCUCUGUCUUCCUCGCUUUAUAGUAUAGUACUUCCAUGUUCUUUUUAUGGAGUUGCCUACUGUUUCUUUUAACGCAAGAUAAAAAUAUUCAGGAAACCCUAAAAAUGUGUGGACGUGAGCUGUGGUCCAUCACUGACUUCUUUGAUCUCAACAGCUGAUUAAAAGUAGCUGAAUUACAUAAGAUAGUUUUGCUUUCUUUGUUUAUGUGCAAAAUUGUUUUCUCUGUAAUCUCGGGUAAGAAAAUACAUCCUAAGAUUAUAGAAAGUUUAAGUGACAAGCAGGUGGCAACAUUUUGCACCUCAUAUCAGGAUAUUUGGGACCACAUUACAUUUUCUACCAAAUGGAAUAUGCAAUCUACGUGUGAAGCAUGAUUGAUCAUGUCUAAAAAGAUCUGUUUUAAGUUUUUAUAAUGUUAAUGAUUUCAUUGUACAGUGGUACCUCUGGUUAAGUACUUAAUUCGUUCUGGAGGUCCGUACUUAACCUGAAACUGUUCUUAACCUGAAGCACCACUUUAGCUAAUGGGGCCUCCUGCUGCUGCUGUGCCGCCGGAGCACGAUUUCAGUUCUCAUCCUGGAGCAAAGUUCUUAACCUGAAGCACUAUUUCUGGGUUAGCGGAGGCUGUAACCUGAAGCGUAUGUAACCUUCAUACUUUUUAAGAACCAUAGAAUUGUACCAUUGCAAGAGAUUCCAAGCAUCAUCUAGUCCAACCCUUCAAUGCAGGAAUAAUUUAAUGAGUUGGAAUUUUAGAAAUCCUCUUAUAAAUAAAAAUUAAGUGAUAAUGCUGUAAGUAGUCAAAGCUCAUGGAUGCUGUUGCUCAAACAUACGGCUUCUUGUCAUCUUAAAACAAGAUGUUUUGGUCUGUGUUGAAAUUUGUUGUGGCAUAUUAAUGUCUCUUGCAGUUUACAGGGAGAUGUAAGUGGGACAAAAUUAACUCCAUCUUUCUUUUCCUUUUCAAAGUAGGAUCUUGUUCAGAAGGAUGCCAGCAGUUAUCCGUUACAGGUAGGACUCACAGAUGCAGUAUACCUUUGAUCCAAAUAAGUUCUUCUUGCACAGUGUUGUUUCUUGCAAAGUGUUCUCCCCUGAAGAGAGUUUGGAUUUGAUAUCCCGCUUUAUCACUACCCAAAGGAGUCUCAAAGCAGCUAACAUUCUCCUUUUCCUUCCUCCCCCACAACAAACACUCUGUGAGGUGAGUGGGGCUGAGAGACUUCAAGGAAGUGUGACUGGCCCAAGGUCACCCAGCAGCUGCAUGUGGAGGAGCGGAGACGCGAACCCGGUUCCCCAGAUUACGAGACUACCGCUCUUAACCACCACACCACACUGACUCUCCCUGAAGCACUCUGUGCUUCACCAAGCCCACUUUUCCAGGUUGUACCCCCUCUAGAAUGGCUCAGAGUGUGUCAUGGGAAACUGUAGCAGAAUAGUAAAUCAAUAGAACUAACAUUCUGCUCAGCUAAGGCAUCUUUUGUAGGGAGGCCUGAGAUAUUUGAACUUUGCAAAUUUUGAUAGGUACUGACCUGAUCCACAUCUCCCUGACUAACAUGCUGAUUGGAACGUAAUAUCCAUCAGAUUUACGCUUUCCAAAUAACCCAACACUGUCCUCUGCUCAAAACGUAUCACAAUAAAUUUUUCAAAACGCACCUGAAAAUAUGUUUUGAAAUGCACAUUUUGAGAUGGGAAAAGUUUUAAACCCUUAUUUAGGGUGGAUUAAAAAAGUAGCAGAUGAGAUUGCAUAUCCAGACGUAUGAGUGAAGACAUGCACAACUGACAUGGAUCAGAAAUAAAUUGGUUUUACCCAUCGAAACACUUCAUAUUUCUGCCUGUUAGGCCAUCAGUUGUGCAGACCAAGGGUAUGCCCACUCUUAGUUUUGUAAAGAGCUGGACACAACAGAUGUGUGUAUUUUUAAUUUCAAAACAUGACGUGUCUAUUCACAUAAGUGCAUAUUCAGAAUUGUCACGCCCAGACCACAGAAUGAAUCCAGAACUUCCAGCAAUUUAAUAAAGCUUUGUUUAAAUUUACUUCCGAGCUGCUAUUUUCCUCUCAUUUUAUGUUUGUUCACAUCAAUACAAGCCUUGAUAUCUUUGUGUUUUACAGUGCUGAGAGAUCACCAGCAUUUUGAAGUGACUGCACUGAGUACUAUUUUGAACAGCAGGAGUCCUCAGCCGUAUCGCAUCAGAGCUAAGCUGAGACAAUUUGAACCUGAAAAGCUUCAUCAGUCUGUUAAACUUCAUUGUCCCCAGUGCAAAUUGUUGUAAGUGCCAUGAUACAUUUUUCUCUCAUGCUGCUUUGGAGAUGUUGCUUACAUAGUUUCCUAGAUUUUUGGAUCAGUGGAUCUUGGAUGUACAGCAAUAUCAAGGGCUGGUUAUCAUAUCCCUUUGUCAUUAUAUAUUCCACCCUAAAAAUGUGCUAAAAUGCCUGUCUAGAUAAAGGAACAUGAUAUUAGCACCUUAAAAAUUCACUGCUGUUAAAAUAUAACGUGCACAGUAGAGAUUUGUUUAUUAUAAACAAAUGUUUAAUUUGCCCUUGCACAAAUAGCAAAUACAGUCGUACCUCUACUUAUGUAUCCCUCUGGAUACGGAAUCUUUGGGUUACGGCCACGGCAAACCUGGAAGUGUAUACUUCCAGGUUUCGCCGCAUGCACAGAAGUGCUCAAUCAAGCCGUGCACAGAAGCGCGCUUCAAUUUACGUUAUUUUUGGAGUGUGAAUGGACCCCCGGAAUGAAUUAAGUUUGUAUCCAGAGGGUCCACUGUAUUACUUUUUUUUUUUACUGGGUAAGGUGUUUUUGCUUCAUUGUGUGGUGGGUGACAUUUAUGGUAUCAGGCAAAUUGACUGACAGACAGGAGAAGCUUGCAAGUAUUUCAGUGUGUUCCCUUCCCCCAUUUUUUUAUUGAGAGACUUCCGUAUAGAAGGCAGAGAAUGAUUCCUCCAUCCCUAAUAUUAGCUUGGCUUCUUAAUUACUGUACCCUAUUGAGUAGCAGUCUUUGAUCUCACUUUUAUAACCAAAAGCAAAAGAAGCUGGGGUGAUCACUUUGAUUCAUGUUUAGUCCUAACUUCCUUCUUAAUGUGGAAUGGUCCAGUACUGAGUAAUGUAAGGACCUUAAAAUUCCAGUAGUGUGCAGAAAGAGGGUUGCAAAGCACCACAAAGCAUCAAAACAAAGAACAGAUCAGGUUCCAGCGCUUAGUGGUACAAGGCUUUUAUUUUACCUCUACAUAUUUUGGACUUCAAUACUCCUUCAGGAACAUGAAAUGCUUACAAGUUCUUUAAAUUUAGAAACACUUUUUAAUGAAAAUCUGAACUAUUCCUUUACCCACUCUCAGUACCACUAUUCACUGCGGAGAUGUGGAGAAAAUAAAAUGGAGUCUUAAAGCUUGUUUAAAAGAUAGUUUUUAAGCUCAGAUUUUCAGAACAAGGCGUUUCUGAGCCUGUUCUCUGCUUUCUUAAAGGACCGCAGCCUGCUUUCACCAAUUACCUUGUGUCCAAACAUGCACACGGAAAAGUCUAGCCAGUGGCGGAGCUUCAUGCUCCGACACUGGGGGGCAGAAAACAGGCGGGAGCAUGGCUGGCACACAUCCCGGGGGGGGCAGCCGCGAUGGCGGUGCGCUCCCCCUGCCCCCCUCUUCCUUCGCCAGUGAGUCUAGCUAUUGUAGGAUUUCUGUCAGGGCUGACAGAGCCGCAGCAAGAUUCUCCCAGCAGCAGAGUCGGUGCCACUUACCAGGAGGGGCAACUUGGCAAGGUCAGGGCUGUGUUGAUGUGCCAAGCAGAGCCAACUCAGCUCUUCAGCCAGUGUGCCCACAAAGCCCUCACUUCAUUGCCCCUUCCAGUAACAGGCAGUGAGUCCCCUGGGGCAAGCUACUCCUGAAUUGCACGUUCCGGUAAAAUAUCUAAUAUAUUCCACAACAUCAUUUUGAGCAGGCUUCCGUAGUUCGCUUCAGGCUGUAAUUAUUAUUAUUUUUCCCAGGCAAGAGGUUCCGGAUGGGAGUGAGCUUGAUCUAAUUUUACAGGAGGCUUCUGCUACAUGUCCAAGGCCCGAUUUACAAAAUACAUCCUUCUGCGAAUCUGUUGUUUGGGAUACUGAAAACCAGGGACAGCGGCGUGUGGUUAUUCAUUUUGUAAAGCAUGAUGAACUACUACAAGACCCAGAAGACAGUUUGAUUAUGAUAGAAGGUUAGUUAAUACAGCUGUAUGUAAGAGAUUGGAUGGUAUGCUACAAAAUAUCUUAGUCUUUUAAAAAAAUAAGUUUAAGAAAUAUUUAACUAUUUUUAAAAGUUUUGAUCCUGAUAAAAAGUAUCUGUCUCUUGCUGUUACCCUCAUGAGAUUCCACUAAACCAGAAAAACUUCACAAGAGAAAAUGUUUGCAGCAUAUAUAUAUAUAUACAUAUAUGUGUGUGUGUGUGUGUAUAUAUAUAUAUAUAUAUAUAUAUAUAUAUAUAUAUAUAUAUACACACACACACACAAGUUUUCUUUUCAAAUUGAUUUGUUCACUUAAAAAAAAUUAUUUGUGAGCAAACUUCAUGCACUAUGGAAUAGUUGUUAAUUGGCAAGCCCCAUAUAUAUAAAGGACUCGUGCAUAAAAUACAUUGCAUGAAUCAUUCCCAUGAAGUCUCUUGCCUCUUCAAAAUCUUACCUUGAAUUUUGCCCCCAAAUAAAUCUGCUUUCUUUCUCAUAGUUCUGCAAAAUACUUAAUGGUGUUUGUAUAUAGGAGUAAAAUAGAAAACCGGAAACUAAGCAGGAAAUUUAGGUAGCACUUUUUGAUGUGAAUCUGUGAAAUACACUUAAACAUGAGAAGAGAAAUGGGGAGGACAAGAAUAAUCUUAGGAGAGAAUUGCUAUAUACUGAAUUGUGAAUGAGACACUGAAUAAUAAAUCCAAAGCUUUAUUUCUUUUCUUUUUUUUACAAAUGUCUUUGUACAAUUUACCUGUGGUUCCAUUUUAGUUGGAAUUCAUAUUCUGCCCUCUAAGAAAGUAUUUUACUUCUUCUAGUAGCUGGAUAAUAUACAAGCCCAAAAGCCUUUCCUGUUGCAAACGUACUGUGCUUAAUUAUCCUCUGGAUGUCAGUGUUUUCACAGAGAUAAAGCUGUGCUACUGUGAGAAAAGCAGUAGGCAAGCUAUGUUUUGUUUUUAUUCACGAGCCAUACCUCAUGUAUUUGGGGCACACGAGUCUCUUAAAUGAAUGGCAUCACCCCAAGAAAAGGAAUUACUCAGCUGCCAUUCAUUUUGUGGGCUUUUGCGAGAGAACCUCCUAGUGGGCUGUGCCCAUGUGUUUCUAUUAUAGCUUUUCAAAUAACAGUUGUUUGUUCCAGGAGCUCUAUAUUUUUGCGUGAAAAAUGCAAGUCACAAUGAUUGAAACAGAUUUGAUAUUAAUUUGUAUAAUAAUUUAUGAAUCGCCUUCUAAGGUGGUAUUCAAAAUACAAUAUAAAACAAAACACGUGAAAUCAACAACUCUUAUCGGCUUUCUUCACAACUGGACUAAGCAAAUUGACCUAUGCUGGAAGAUAGACAGAAGAAGUACCAUAUUUUUCUGUCUAUAAGAUGCCCCCAUGUAUAAGACGCCCGUCCCCUAUUUGGGGGGGGACUCAGAUUUUAAAGGGGGGGGAAUGUGUCCAUGUAUAAGGCGCCCCCUAAUUUUCGACAUUAGGGGAAAAACCUAGUCUUAUACACAGAAAAAUACGGUAUGUCUCUCUUGGUUCAGCUGGAUUAAUUAAUUGGUCCUUGGCUGCCGAGUCUUGAAUUUGCAACAUACCGUCCACUGGUAUCUUCCAUGAAAUACAUUUCAUCACGUUUGCCACUUUAUGAAAUCCUAAUGAACCGUAUCGGACGUUUGUGUAUCUUAUAUUUUUAAGCUUGCAUUUCAUGCAUGGUGUAGAGCACAUUUAUUUCAGUUAUUUCUAUACCGCCUUCAGGAUACCAAUCGUCCUAAGGUGGCUUACAAGUAAUACGACUGGGUUCUACUUCCGCUGUCUGAACACCAGUUGCUGGAAACCGCAGGAAGUUGCUGGAAACCGCUGUUGCACUCGGGUCCUAUUUGCGGACUUCCCAUAGGCAUUUUGCCACCCACUGUGAGAACAGAUUCCUGGUUAUUCUAAUAGUAAUAAUAGUAAUAAUAAUAAUAAUAAUAAUAAUUUAUUAUUUGUACCCCACCCAUCUGGCUGGGUUUCCCCAGCCACUCUGGGCGGCUUCCGCAAAGACAAAAAAUACACUAAGAUGUCACACAUUAAAAACUUCCCUGAACAGGGCUGCCUUAAGAUGUCUUCUGAAUGUCAGGUAGUUGUUUAUCUCUUUGACAUCUGGUGGGAGGGCGUUCCACAGGGCGGGUGCCACUACCGAGAAGGCCCUCUGCCUGGUUCCCUGUAACAUGGCUUCUCACAGUGAGGGAACCGCCAGAAGGUCCUCAGCACUGGACCUCAGCGUCCGGGCAGAACAAUGGGGGUGGAGACGCUCUUUCAGGUAUACUGGGCCGAGGCAAUAGAAUUGUAGUUUAAGAAGACGAUUGUGAUUUUUUUUUUCAGGAUCCUUUCUACAGAGUAGUUGGUGGUAGGAGCUCUGGUGCUGGUAGUGGGGUACAGACCAGCAGGAGCAGGUCCUGGGGUCAUCUUAACCUGGCUCCUUCUGGCUCCUGGAAUCCUUUAUCCAGCUGGAACAGACUUUCAGGUGGACUUUGCCCACCUGCCUGCUUAUUGGCUGGAUAGCUCAGUUGGUUAGAGCAUGGUGCUGAUAAAGCCAAGGUUACAGGUUCAAUCCCCAUACGGUGCAUAUUCCUGCAUUGCAGCAGAUUAGACUACAUGAUCCUUAAGGUCCCUUCCGAUUCUAGAAUUGUAUGAUUGUCUGUCUCUCUUGGGAUCCAAAUAUAUAUGUACACACAUUAUAUACACAAGGAUGGUCAGGGAUAAAUUUGAUAACUUGGCUCACUGCUGUUAUUUAACGUGUUAUCAGAAUAUUAAAGUAACCUAAAUAUAGUUAUUUCUGUUUAUUUAUAGGAGGCACACUGGAGGAAAUCUUGAAGCUCUCAAAAAAAUUUAAAGGAAUUAUACCCGUAAGAGCCAUGGAAGACGAUCUUGAGUUGCUGGAUCUUUCAGCUCCAUUUCUUUGGCAAGGGAAUAUACCACACUAUGGGUAAAUCUAAAACACACACACACACACACACACACACACACACACCAAUAUUAAAUCUGGCUUCUUAACUCCAGUUCUGAUGCCAAAACCUUUGAUCGGUUGUUAGACCUUUGGAAAAUUAGUUACUUUAUCUGUCCUUAUAGCAGAUAAUAAAAUUGAAGAAGACAGGAUGCUAAGUUCCUAGCUGGGUCCAAAUUUACACACUGGUAUUAUUUUUACAUCUGUGCUAUGGGCAGGGUAGCAAUCUUAACUGUGCAAAGUUCACAACUUCUGCCUCCUUUGAAUUAGAUUGGGAAGUUGUUUCACACACUAGAGUUGUGCAUGCGUCACCAAUACUCUCAGAUGUGCCACGUGCCACUAGAUCACUGGGGCAGGAUUUAAUCCGUGGCAACAAAACCUGCAAAGAUGGUAAAGGCCUUUUUAUGGAGGCAUUUCUAAGCCACAAAAGGUAAUAUUGCAUUAGUUGUGCCUCAUCUGUAAUAUUGUGUCCACCUCUGGGCAAAACCAUUUGAAGAAGAAGUUCAGGAUGACAGUGAAAUCCAUAUGGAAAGCAAGUCCUAUGAGGAAAAGGUUGUGGGAACUGGAUAUAUUUAACUUCCAGAAGAGAAGACAAUGGAUGGACAUAAUAGCACUGUUCAAAUACUUGAAAUAUAUGGAAAGGGCGCCAAGUCUUGCUUGCUGCUGCUACCUCAGAGGGUUAGAUCUACUUAAUGGGUUUCAGUUACAGGAGGGUAGAAUUUGGUCAGACAUUAGAAACGGUAACAAUGGAGCCAAUUUCUUGAGGGAAUAAAUUCUUCCUUGCUACAAGGGAAGAAGUCAGUGGAACUAAUGAAACUGAAAUCACGGUCUUAAUUCAUCUUGACUUAGACCCAAUUAUAUUGGACAAUAACAUUCACUUUCUCUACACUAACAACACUUGGUUUAUUUUCUGCAGUCAUCAAAAGUUAAAAGAUGUCUUUUAAAGCAUGCUAUACAAGCAUUUGCAUAAUUUUCUUACCUGGAAAAAUAGUUUUGUUGCAGCUCUCUUUUUAAGACGUACAAACACCAUUUUUAUGUUGAUGAUUUUUAUGGCUAUAAAAAUGUUCUAAGUUCUUUUUUUAACAUUGCCAACGUACUAAAGAAUAAAAUUAUUUACUUGUUAGGGCGUGGUUAAAUUAUUAAUUCAGUCGUGUUUUAGCAUAUUGUACCAUACCAGAUUUAUUACUUAUAUCAUGUGAAGCAGUUUUGUGUCAUUAAACAAGAAAGAGCAGUGUUUAGAAAAUAUAUGCUUAGCAAUGUAUCAAUUUGCCUGACAUUCUUCAGUUCAACUGACCAAGGAAUUUAUUUUUGUUGACAGUAUCUUAUAAAAGGCAUUAAAGUUUACUGCUUUUCUAGGCCAUAUAAAAUAUCUGUCUAUAAAACAGCAGGAAAAUGUUCUUCUGGCAAGUUUUGAGAAAAGCUAAAUAUACAGAACACUUAAUGCUAUUGUUUUGUUUCAAACAUUAGGUGCAAACACUGUUCAAAUCCGAAGGCGAUAGCAAGCUUGAGUCCCCUUGCUGCACAGAAAGAUCCAUUGUGGGAGCCCACUACCAUAGCACAAGGUUAGAUUAUGCUAUUAUCCAUAUUUUUUAUUCAGAAGUCCUGAGUGUAAAUAAAACCACCCAGUAAUGUCCGAGUAAGGAGAAAGCUGCAUAAAUCUGAAGAUUUAAAAAGUUAUUGAGUCCAGGAGAAAGAGAAAGACUUGCAGCUCAUUCCAAAAUAAUGGUUAUUUUGAAGAUGCUUCUCUCAUCAUUUGUGCCUUGUUCACAUAGGAGAGCAAAGUUAUAUUAAGUUGAAUAAAGAGUCUCUGACAUUAAUCUCAAUUUAGAUUGACUUAGGGUACUCAUAGCAGCACAUUAGGCAGUGCUCAAAGCCUGCUCCCCUUUGUGAACAGGCCUCUUCUUGUUGUUUAAAUAAGGGCAUCAUUGAGACGUAAUAAAUGGCUGAGUUGGUAGAGCAUGAGACUCUUAAUUAGGGUCCUAUGUUUGAGCCCUACAUUGGGUAAGAGAUUCCUGCCUUUCAGAGGGUUGGACCAGACGAGAUGAUCCUCAUGGUCCCUUCCCACUCUACAAUUCUAUGCCUGCAAGAGGCAAUUUGAGUUUAGCGUACGGAGCUUUCCUGGAAAAGAGCAGGAACGUCCCUAGCUGAAUCUCAAUCUGAUACAUAUUAGUCUGGCAUCUGAUGCAUAGGAAAUAAAAUAGGUAGCUUUUAAGUUCUACAGAGUCCAGUGCUAUUAUUAUACGCACGCUUCCAAAAAAGAUCCUGCAGAAUCAUUUGAUCUGAAUUAAGUAAUAGGGCUUUUCUGUUAGCCCCAUAGCAGAGUGCAAUGGUGUGUAAGCAUUAUUAUUAUUUUGUAAGGGACUUCCAGGAAUGGUUAGGUUCCAAACACAGCAUUUCGUGCUGCGGUCCCUGUGCAUAGAGCUGCGCCCCCAUGGAAGUGUGUUAUGUGAAUUCCCGAAUUUCUGGAAGUAAAAUAAAGCACGAUUAGCUUCAUCACAAGCAAUAAAUGCAGGGGAAGCUGAUUCUGAUAGUUGAUUUAUGUAAUUAUUCACAAAUUAUCACAAGUUCCAUUUAGGGUGGCUUUUGUUCUCGAGAAAUGACCUUGAUGCUGAUUUAUGUAAAUAAGAACAAAUGCUGGUUUCUCUGUUGCAUAGCAGUCACCUUUCAAAAGAUCUGCAUUUGAGCAGGCAAGAGGAGCUCAAUUGCUCUGUCUUGCUCCAUGCCUGCACUAUAUUCACUCGUAUGAGUCUUGUCCUAGCAGAAGACAUAAUGGCGAAACACAACCAGCAGCUUUCUGUUCUCCCGCCCCACUGUAAUCUACCUAAGCAACAACAGUGACAAAAAUGAAACCAGAAUUGUGUGUUAAAACACUAACAUGGAACCAGAAAACUUAAUUCAGUGGCUGUUCAUAUCUUCAUUGGACUCUGUAUUUAAGCUAUACAGAAUAAAUUGGUGGGUUAUUUUAAUGGGAUACGUAGCAGAGCAGUUCUCUGCAGGGGACCAUUCUUCUACCAAAGAAUCAGUAGCGCUUUCCCUUUCAGAUUUCCUUAGGAAUGGAACUGGGCAGAACAAAAUGAAUCCACAAUGACACUGCCAAGAUGUCUACUGGCUAUUGGGAAAUAGCUUAUAAAGCCUACAUGAAAUUAAAAUUUUCACUGGAUGCAAUUGUGUAUGUAAAUGCUAUUGAGCAUCUUCCACAGCAGUGUUACUAUCUUACGAAGGUGCAGUAUAGAUAGCUUGUGUGCACAUGACUGCGCAAUUCACUUCAAUAGAGGGAGCAGUUUAGUUGGGAGCCGUUCAUUCACACUGGAAUCCUCUGCAGCAGAAAUAAAUCAGUGGAUGACAGUGGUGUUUAAGUUGUCUGUAUCUCACCGAUAAUAUAUUUUUAGCUUUUUAUUCCUCUCUUGUAUUGAGUAAUCUCUAAACACAACUACUUAUUUUCCUCCUGCUUAGCUUUAGGACUUGUGCCCCUUGAAUAUGUCUUUGUGAUGAAGUUUAUGCUGGACGAUGGAACAGGAACCCUGAAUGUGUAUCUCAUGGAUUGCGUAAGAGACAUUGUACUCUGAAAAUGUUCAGUUUGAAUAUAAGUGUGUGCUUGCAUAUGGCUGUUCUCUCAAGCGACAUGGAGAGAGGGCAGAGUUGCAGUAGAAGCAGUAAGAACUAUGAUCUAGUUUUAAAAUGCUUUAGUUAAGCUCAUGUGAAAUUGGAUGAAAAUAGCCCCUUUCAAACCUUGAUUUUUAGAUUAAAUACAGCAGCAGCAACAGACGUAUCAGGCCCAACAUUGAGAGGGCCUGACCCCAACGCUAAAUACUGGACACAAGCAAUUGAGCAAUUGUUCUUCUUGACACUGGAAGACUGCUAACUUUUCUUUCCCACGAUUUGAAACAUUUUGGAGCAUAUGUCAUUUUAGUUCCCCCCAGUGUCUCUCUCUGGUGCUAUGACAUGCCACCAUUCUGGAACUAUAGUGCGACACACGCUGUACUUGAUUCCUUAUGUAUCCUUCUCUCAUCCCCCUUUCUCUUUCUCUUAGUUUCUCUCUCCUCCCUUCCUUUCCAGUUGAAGGAAAGGGCUAGAAAGAGUUCCUUAAAGAAGUACUUGGGGAAGCUGCCAUGGGAUACAGUGGUGGCCUUUAAAAGACUUGGAUGGCUUUAAAAGAGAAAUUAGACAAAUUCAUGUGGGAAAGGGCUAUUGAUGGCUACUAGCCAUGGUUUCUGUGUUCUGCCUCCAUGGUCACAGGCAGUAUAGCCUUCUGAAUAUCAGCUGCUAGUAGCUACAGGAGAAGAGAGAGUGUCCUUGCGCUCAGUAAACCUACAAGCAUUUGGUUGGCUACGAUGAGAACAGGAUGUUGGGCUAGAUAGGUCUAUUGCAUGAUCCAUCAGACUCUUCUUGUGUUAAUUUAAAAUUCUCAGGGGGGGGGAGGAAUAAUAAUUUGUGGCCCCUUUCUACUUGGGGACAGUUUGCCCAUCACUAGUUAGAAUUUAAGAGGGACGCGGGUGGCGCUGUGGGUUAAACCAUAGAGCCUAGGACUUGCCAGUCAGAAGGCUGGCGGUUCAAAUCCCCGCGACGGGGUGAGCUCCCGUUGCCCGGUCCCUGCUCCUGCCAACCUAGCAGUUUGAAAGCACGUCAAAGUGCAAGUAGAUAAAUAGGUACUGCUCUGGCGGGAAGGUAAACGGCGUUUCUGUGCGCUGCUCUGGUUUGCCAGAAGCGGCUUAGUCAUGCUGGCCACAUGACCCGGAAGCUGUUCGCCGGCUCCCUCGGCCAAUAAAGCGAGAUGAGCGCCACAACCCCAGAGUCGUUCGCAACUGGACCUAAUGGUCAGGGGUCCCUUAACCUUUACCUAGUUAGAAUUUAAGCAAAGCCAAAUCAGAAACAAGAUGAAAAAAUGUUCUUGUUCUAUAAAAAAAUGAUAGAAUGGCAGUCAACCCCCUCCCAGAGGAAUGUGGGAAGCAUGUAAAAACUUGUCAGUCUGACAUGCUUGAGCAAAAAUGCAAAAGUAAGGUUAUUACAUAUAGAUGGACAUGAAAAUUAUAGGGGGAAAUGUUUUCAUUUCUCUUUAACUUACCAGUUCUUUAUAUGCUGAAGUGUUGCAGCAAGGUACAGCAGUAUAACUUCUGAAAAUAUGUAGAAUCUGAACUCUUCAAUUACAUAGAAGCUAUAAAGCAGAGAUAAUGUGAUUACAUCUACUCAUACCAAAUAUUACUAAUUGGCACCUGUAAUUUCUGUUAUUUUUAACUAAGUGUUGAUACGUGGGUUUAUAGUGUAGUAGAUGAGACUACAGAGUAUUCUGUGAGUUAACUGCAUAUUGGUGGUAGAAAUUGCUCAACAUACACUUGAGACAUACAUUCAUGUUUUAUUAAGAUCUAGCCUGUACAAAUGUGGUAGAUUAUUUCUAUUUUAGCUAUGAAUUUUAAUAAAGCUAAGGCUGGCAUGAAUUCCUUUGAGAGGGUGAAUUUAGAUUCACUUAUAAAUUGGUUUAAAGUGAAGAUGUUUUUUAAAAGGUGCUCCUUCUUGUUAUACCAGAACGUUAAAAACAGAUUUAGAUAUUAGACUGCUUAUGUGAAUAAACAAUGCUACUCCCUUCUGUUUUUCAUUAUUUGCAUUGUGUUAAAAACAUGAAGUGUGAAACAUGUUUUUGUUACAUGUAAUUUUCAUUUCUUUGCCAAAUAUCUGUUGACUAAUUUAAUUAUAUCUGCAUCAUUUUUCCUGUUCUCCAGAAAGAUUUCUUCCAAAUUCCAGCUUCUGAAGUCCUGACCAAUAAUAUUUUUCAAGAGAACAUAGAAAGGAUCAUGAACAAACUUUGCCCUUCAGGCACAAAUCUAGGUGAGAUACUUAUCAUAAAUUUGGAAGCAUGAUUAAAAUCUACAUAAGUUUAUCUUUUUAAUUUUUACACUCUGUAGGAAAGAGAAUUAAAUUACAUCUUUUCCUGCUGUACCACAAAACUACACUGGUUUGUAGCUCUGUUCUUUUUAAAGAUAUAGAUGUAUAAUUUCUCCAUUGGCUGCAAUAGUCCAAACAGAGAAUUUGGUACAAAGGAUAACUAUUCUGUACAGCAUGGUACGUUUAAACUGUAUCCUUAAAAAGCAACCUGGCAUUUUAGCAGCACUGAAAGGUGUCUUCAAAUGAAGUCACAGAUGGUAUACUUCAGUGGCCCUUCUGUUCUCUUAUAUAUGCUGAAACCUCAUGAAACUAUCUGUAAAGCCUUAAGGACCUCUGUACAUUUGCCAGCCACAUUUAGUCCAGUUGGUUGCCAGAGUAAUUUAAAGUUGCCUUUUCCCGUACGAGAAUGUGACUGCCUGUAUAUACUUCUGAAUUAAAACUGUUUGUGUUUGUUGAUGACAAAUGCUAGCUUCUUGUGCCUGUGUAUUACUGAACCCAGUUUCAUUGUAUGAGAAUAUUGUGGAUUGUUUUGAGAUUUUUUUCCUCCCUAAUAGAACUUGAGAAAUACAUUCUGGCCUUCAGAAUUUAACUGCGCAUAGUGCAAAUAUCUGAUAGACUCAGCAACAACCAUGACACUUUAUUGAUUUUAUGCCGAAUUUGGGGGGGGGGGGGAGAAAUGAGAAAAGUAAUAUCUGCCAUGCUAGCAAACACAGGAACAUUGAUUUCACUUGGCAGCGGUUCAUGUAUAAGGGACAUUUUUUCGAUGCAGAGUGCUUCAAACAGAAGCCCAGCUGAAUUUUUCAUGACUCACCUAAACAAGUUUUUGUUUCACGUGAAGUAGGAUAAGUGCUUUCUUUGGCAUCUUAAAUAUGUAUACAGUCGUACCUUGGAUCCCGAACGCCUUGUGAGUUGAACAUUUUGGCUCCUGAACGCUGCAAACCCGGAAGUGAGUGUUCCAGCUUGCGAACGUUCUUUGGAACCCGAACGUCCGACAUGGCUUCUGAUUGGCUGCAGGAGCUUCCUGCAGCCAAUCAGAAGCCACACAUUGGUUUCCAAGCAUUUUGGAAGUCAAAUGAACCUCCAGAAUGGAUUCCGUGCAACUUCCAAGGUGGACUGUAGUGUCUUGGUUAAGACAUUGCAGUCCGUGGUGCUGUUCCCUUCUACGCUACAUGAAUACCCUUGUGACUAUAGCCACAUUGUAUGUGCCAUUGUAUGUGCCACUGUUUCUGUCCCACUGCUGUGAUUCUGAUUUAUGCUUAAUGUUUUGAGAUCUAUACAACUUUUGUUUUUUUUGGUCACAAUUCUUGAAUACAGAAAAUGCCCAUUAAAACCAGUCAUUUGCUUUUGAUUGUAGAUGACCUGCCAUGGCUGGACUGUUUUAUCAAAUCCUACUAUGUCACGGAUGGAAGAGAGCAGCAAAUUUGCUAUCGGGUUUUUGACACUACGAUUGCUGAAGAUGUCUGAUAUCCAGCUACUUGGAAUACUUAAGGGUUUGUAAUGUUUGUCGAUUUCAUUUGAAUAUAUAAACGAUCCAGGGGAUGUUUAAGGUUUGCUUUUUUAUUAAAUGUGUAAAGAAGUGCUUUGUUCUGAAUCAACAUAUAACUUAAAAUUAUUUUUUUUAUAUACUGUUGUUUGUCAUGGAAAAUUCACAUACGUUCUUUGCAGUUCUCCAGGUAACACACAAGAGUCAUAAUUCACAAUUCCCGACCCCUCAAAAAAAGCUUACUAUUUUGUUAUCCUCUAGUCUAGCAUGACUUUCAGAGUCAAACAAAAGUCCUUAAAGAAACUGAAAAGUCCUUAAAGAAACUCUUGAGCCAAUCCUAAAAGCCACAGUGUGGGGCCAUUCUCUAAAAUGGAGCAGGCUGUCUUUGAUUAGAAAAUACUGUUGCAGUGCAAUAGUCCAUGUGCAAAAAGCUUUGGGUUAUGUCACAAUACAGAUAGGAUUUGAUUAGCUUCUUAUCACUGUUGAAACAUACAAUACAAUGCCAUCGCGUUCAGACAGAUAAGAAAAUAUCGAAAAUAUCAGGCACAUGCAUGCAUACAGUACAGUAAUAGUAUUUGAAUCUGGACUAUUCUGUACAUACAAAAUGAGUACAAAAUACCUAGCAGCUAAGUGCUGUUUGUGAUGGCACUUUCAAUUGUGUUUGCCUCUCAGAUCAUGUUGCACGUGACCCAGGCAGCUAAAUUUGGUGUUGGCUACACACUCCAGCUGAUCUUCUUUUCUCCUUUGCAUAAUCUGAUUUGGGAACCAGUUUUAGAGCCAUGGAGUUUCAGGCUAGUAAGUCACUGUACUAAUUGGCUCUUAGAGUGAAACAAAUUGCUCUGGGUUUCUUUAUCUGCAGUAUACCUUCGGUAUACAUAUGCUCAUGCAAGACUUUAACACACAAAGUUUUCAUCCAGUGGGCAAGAAUUGUAUCUUAUUAAAAUGUAUUACAUGCUGGCAGCUACAACACUGUAUUCCAAGCCAUGUAAAAUAUUUAAUAUAGUCUUCAUUGUAAAAUUGUCUUGAUGCAUAUCAUGUGGCUUAUUUUAUUAUUAUUUUUUUUAGGUAAUUAAGAAUAGAUGGUUCUUGCAGUUGUUUGUGGACUUUUUCUAUAAUGGACAUUAUUUCUGAUCCCCCAAAGCACUUAACUGCAAAUCUACUGAAUAUAAGGGCUUUGAGCUUAGUUCUUUGCCUAGGAAUGUAUGACUGGCAAUAUUUCUCAAGGCAUCUGUUACUCAGCACUGUAAAAGCAAUGAGAAAUAGGAAAAAUUAAUCAGUGGGAAUUAAUUCUUGCAAUGGAGGGGUCUUAAAAUCUAGCCCUGUUGCAAGCACUUUAAUCCCAUUGAUUUCAAUGGGAUUUAAUGCUCGGAUUAGCCAAGGGCCGCAAUCCCAAAGUCCAUGCAAGCAGACUGUCCUAUUUAUUAUAGAUUAUCUGUGCACCUGACUAAACCUAACAUUCCUGAAAGUUGGAAGAAAAUGGGACAGACCCUGUCUGCAUAGAGCUCCAAUGUAUGUCAGAGCUGCAGUUGAAUCAGUGGAGUAAAAAUCAAUUGUGCACAAUUUAUGUCUGUGGAAUCAGGUCCAAAAAGCUCAUUUCCAAAUAUUUAUUCCUUUGUACUUGUGCUUAAUAGCUUAAGUGGAUUUCAGUACAGCAACCGUAGCUUGUCAAGGCAAGCUACCUUCUGUUGCAAACGUUUUGUGUGCGUGCAACAUUAUUUCCUCUUGUGUUUUAUUAUACGGAUUAUUUAAAAGCAUUAUUUGGCAUACAAUUCUCUGUGUUUUGUGUUGACUUUGUUAAACCUUUUCAGAUUUAUGUUUGUGUAAUAUAAGAUUUGGGUAUGUCGGGAUGUUCAAUAUUGCAAAUACGCACGUGUUUAAUAAACACUUUUCAUU